ACUCAGUACUCUUACAGAGAGAGCUGGAGGAGGAGCAGAGGCACACACACAGUGAGGCAGGUCGGCUCCGACACUGACACUAAACCUGAACGCUGUUUUUUCGCUUUUUCCUUCACUUCCUGCGGUUCGUGGAGUGAAGACGCGCGGAGCCUGCGGUGCUCUCUGCGAUGUCAGCCUCUGUCAGUGGGCGGGAUGGGAAGAGGAGAGGGGACUGUGCACACGGACGCUACCACCACGCUCGUGUCUGUUAAUUCUUACCUGAAGACUAUCAAGAAGCAGUCGAGGAGAAGCGAAGUGGGUGUUUGGUGUCAACUUUAGAGAAGCAACCUGUCUGCCCGGUGGAUGUUGCGCAAUGGAGAUACGGACAAGACUUCGAGCCGUGCUGUUGGUAAUAUGGAUCUCACAAGGUAAGCCAAUUAAUGCACGAGAGGGGCAGUAAGUCGCGUGCUGCCGUAAGUGGAUCAAACAAUACUUCAGUGGCAGUUUGUGUGAAUCAGAGAUAGUGAUAAAUACACGUUAUAAACAACAUUUACUUGUGUUAGUUUACUUUUCCUGAAAUAUCAAUCAGACCCUCGAUUUUUAGUCAUUUCCUGUCUUUAAACGUCAAUUUUGAGCAAAUUAAGUAACACGUUUUCUCUCUUCAUAGACUUGUACUUACUUUGGAGUGUUAGUGUGGUUUGUAAUGAUCACAAUUUAAGCAAAGUACAAAAAAAGUCCUUUGUGCACUGGGGCUGUUUGACCUUUGACACCUCAGGGGUGUGAAUUCAUCAAAUGUGCUAGGAUGCUUCUGUAACUCUCAUUUUUGCAAUAAUGAGCAAAAACAUUUUUCUCCUUCAUACAAAGAACCUCUUUACUCUUUACUUCCAACUUCAAAUCUAGGGGCAACAAUUCAUGAAAUAUGUUAUUUAUAUUUCUUUGGCUGCAGCUGCUUUUUUUUCCCCCAAACCAAAGGUCCCCUUUCAAGCACACAGCAGAGUACUCCUAGUCCUAAGAGGGCAUAAUGUUGUUGCAUGGUUGAAUGCUUUGGAAUGAAUUUUAAGGAAGUCUAAUGUUGCUUUUUUCCUCAUUCCUUAGAUGGUUAUUGUCCCAUGUGAGGUUAAAAAUAACACAGGGGCUACCUGAAGGAAAAAGAUGUCUUCUUCUUUUGGAAAUCACACACUUUGGAUGUGGGUCACAUCACAUGAUGGGCAUAACGGUCUGGACCGAGUGUUGGCUGUCUACCAGAGCUUGCAUAUAGAUAGGGGUGAAUGCGGGGAUAGAAAUUGGCAGAGCUGCACAUGAGUAACGCCAUAAAUUUCCCUCAUAGACGUUACUUUUCUCAUGCAUUGCAUGGCUUUUAGUUGACAAUAUUCAAAUAUAAUGAGAGCUUUUGUCAUUUUUGUCUGUUAAUCGUCACUUUGAACUGCGAGCAUUUCAUUUGCAGCCAAAACUGAGAGUAGUUUUCCAGCUGGAUGCUAUUACUUCACAUAAUCACAAACAAACCCACGAAUCUUGACAAGAUGCGUUAAAUCCUAUUAAUUUGCCUCUUUAUAUCAACGCAUAUGCUGCAUCUUUCAGACUCUACUCAAAGAAGCCCUUCAGGCUCUUCUGACUUGGCCACUCUUGUUCCUGUCAACUUCGCUGCAGCAUCAUUUCUCACCAGAUGUUGGCUUUCUUUCAGUGUGGAAAUCAGAGAUUGUUACAGCUUGUGUCUUUUAUGUCAGGAUUUGUUUGGUUCAAACUCGGGUUGGCUGUGGAGCAAGCCCUGGAAAAGGCAGAAAUAUGACAUUAGAUCCAUCUUCAGCUUACUUCUGAAUGCUGAAACCACUGAGAAAGAUUGUGUGUUGCACUUUAACAAAACAGAGGACAUCUGUGUGUGUGUUUUUGGAAGGUUUCUGCAUGGACGCCAGUGUGGCGUGACGUUAUGUGUGCUGUCCUUUGAUUCGGUGUGGCUGCUAAAUGGAAUGAAACAAAUGAAUGAAUUCACUUUGCGGCUCACCGGCGAACAACUUCAGUCGCUUUCAGUUCUUCUGAUCGAACGGAUCUCUUAAUUUGCAUGAUGGAUUUCUUCUCACAUUUCUGACAGCGGCUAAGCUUCUCAGAGAAAAGAACUCCAAUCCUGCCCGACAGAAACUUUAUAAUUAGUGAAUUGAGAGGCUGCAGCAGCGAACCGCAAACUGGUAUUGAAGAAACAGAGGCAGCUCGUUGGCUCUACAUGAGAAGACCCGUAGCUAAUUGGCUACUAAUAAAUCUCUGAAUACUUAGUUUCGUUCAGGAUCCUUUUAUUAUUUAUGAUCUGGGGCAGAUGCUGAACAUUUCCCAGAGUUUUAUAACCACUGCCAGCGAUAAAUCAUAUUCUAUUUGUACCAUCCGCUGUGACGUAUGACUGCUGUUCAUCAGAUAGCUGGAACUGGCCCGAGGACAGGGAAAAGGUGACUUUGCUCCUUGUCGUCUGAAUGCACAGCUAGGUUGACAUGCCAGCUCUCUCUUGUAAAAUAAAGCCUUUCUUUUGGGUGGUGUUAUUAAAAUGUUGUCAUGUCCGCAGAUUAUUGUGUUCAGUGACAGCUGGUUUGUAAUGAAAUGGGGGCCCUCUUGGCUCUGGUGUAAGCUGAUGUUUGUGAGCCAGCUAUAUCCCUCUCCACAGAAUAACUCAAAGCUUAGGGUAAUUCUGAUCAUGUACCGCCAAUUAUCCAAACAAGAAAUCAGCCAGUCAGAGUCGAGCACUGAAACAAAAAGCAUCUCCAGCUGGGUGCUGAAUACACCUUAUAGGGUACAGCCUUUUUCAAGUAGCUUUUAGCUUUUCAAAGAUUGGCAAAAAUCAGUCUCAGUCAUUCAGAGAUCUGAAAGAUAUCUCAAUGAAGACGCCUCUAAUAACUUUGCGCCUCUAUAUGAUAAAAGCACAUGUAAAAGUGGGAUGAAUGCUGUAGAGACUGAGAUUUUUGCAAUCGCCACACAGCAAUUUUCUUGCUUGGUGAAUCAGCCCAUUUCAGGGUCUGCUGGUUUGGUGAGUUUUCAGCCUCUUCUGGUGGUCAUCAGCGGACAGUUUGCUCAGCCUCCGUAAAAAAGGCUUAUUUGUUGCUGCUGAGCAUUGAGUAAACACCACUAACAGAAUUUAACAGGGCUGUCACCCAAAAUGUAGUUUGAUCUAAUGUGAGCUAAAAUUUCACCUCCCACGGUUUGGCAUUAUGUGAACCACAAAAUACAACCCUCAUAGUGUGAAAUACUCUUAAACUAUCACUAAUACUUUUUGAGAUAUGAGUCCCACAAUCUUAGUGCACAUUGGCCUUGGAAGAAAGACCAUGCAUGCUCUGUUUUGUUCUGAGGUGCAGAAGUUGUUUGGUUGUAGAGACGGGGGAUUGAUCGGUCAGGUCGAUUAAUCAGUCAAGGGUCAUAGUGGGUUAAUAUUAGGGGCUGUGGGGUCCAGUGGGGAUGCUUGGGUUGCAGAACUAGCCUGCAUUUUUGUAAAAGUAAGGGAUUGUUUUCACUGACUAUCAUGAAGUCAGAUUUCCGACCUGGAAAGUCGGACGAUCCUCACCAACCUCAACUUGACGACAACGUCAUGAUUCAAGAUGGCAGCGCAGUGCAUCAGCAUUUAAGAGUAACAGUUAAAGCUCUUGUAAUGUAAAAUUUAUUAGCACUUCUGUUUUGUUUUUGUGAAAUUAAAUAAAUAAAUGGUAUAUGUUACGAUAAACCACUAACAACAACUGACAGUGUCUAACGACGGCUGACAAUUGUAAACAACAGCUAACAACAGCUAAUGUAGAUGUCCAUCUUGGUUUUCCGACUUGUCAACUGAAACGCUGGUAACUCAAGUGUGAUGUCAUUCCCAGCUCCAAUAUCCGACUUCCGAGGUAACUGGAACGCAGCAUUAUGCUGCGUUUGAGUUACCUCGGAAGUCAGAAGUCCGAGCUGAAAAUGACGUCUCACCCGAGUUCCCAGUGUUUAAGUUAACAAGUUAGAAAAAGCAAAAUCAGAGGCCUGAAACAAGAUGGCUACAUCUAAGAAAGUUAUUUUAGCAUCUGCCUUAUAUUCGGACAAGGCAAGCACUAAAAUAACUUUCACUGAUGGAGCCAUCUUGAUUCUACCUCUGAUUUUCCUUUUUUCCGACCUGGUAACUAAAACAACUCAAGAACUCGGGUGAGAUGUCAUUCCCAGCUCCGAUAUCCAACUUCUGAGGUAACUGGAACGCAGCAUUAGUCUCAGAUGAGUUCUUAUCAACUGUUGGCAUGAGUUGGCAUGGCAACAAAGCGUUGUAUUUAUGAGUUCUCUGUGAAUCAGACUUUAAAUUUCUAUUUGAACAAAGAAAUAAUCUCCCAAAUUAUCGUUUUAUUGUACCAAGAGAAAGCUGUAAGACAAAGUUGGCCACCAAACUGGAGUCCAUCACCCUGAUGUGUCUGUUAGCCGUGCCAAGGGGUACAUUUCCACAACAGCAGUGUCUUACUGGCCCUUUAUGUGGAAUUUAAUAGGGCUAAAGCUAUUACUAAAUCCACUGCGAUGUUUCUCACUGCAGGCACCAGGAUAUACCCCUGUCUGGAAAACAAAGGGUUUAAAAAUAUGAUUAAAUUGCUUGAGCCAAGCGGCGAAAUCCCCCCCCCUUGCACACCCCUUUCAGUGGAAUGUGCAAGGUUUUUUUAUGAAAGGAUGAAGUCAAGAUUGUCUAUAAAUUAUCUAUUGUAUCCUCCGCUGACCCUGACACAAAAGAGUUAACCUCCAGGGCAGUGGAACGUUACAUGACCAUGACCAUGCUCACUGCACAAAUUGCAGAGUGUGAUCUACAAAGUACGGCGCUGCGUACUCUCAGUGAGACUCUCAGUGGGGAAAAUCUGGCACGGGUACAGGAAAGAGCAGAAGGAGAGGGGCUCAAUAGCAUUAGCAGAGUCACCGAAGAUUGAGGCUGUCACAUUGUCCAGAAAAUCAAGAUUGAAUGUCUGGAAAUGACAUGAAGAAUUUCUGAAUGGUUUCAAAUGCCUGUUUUUCUAUCCGCCCUUGAAUUUUGAAAGGGUCACUUCAGCUUCAGCAACUUCAUAUAUAGAUUUUUUUCCCCCAGCAUGCUUGAUUGAAUGCCCACAUUUUGAUAAAAGUGACUGGUAUACAAGAAAUGCCAAGAACAACGUCAGUGCGGGGGUUUAAAAUUGGACUGUCGCCAAUUAAAAACUUCAGACACGGGAUGAAACGAGCGUCCCAGAUCUUGCAAGGCAGUGAAGAGGUUAAGAACAAAUACUAGACCAAAGUAAAGGAGCAGACAUGGAGGCAUCUCUGCACAGGCCGUGAGACUUUGGAAAAGCUUUUCAAGAAAACUCCGUGGAGUGAGGACACAGGCAAGACCUGAGCCAGCGCCGUCAGAAGAAGUGGAAACCUACAAUGUAGUGAGCUCUACUCCAGUGACUGGUGAUCCUUUGGCAUGGUGGAAAAGAAAUGAACUGAAUACCCUCACUUUGGCAUGAUGUUAAGACACUUCCUAGCUGUGCUUGGCAGCUCAGUUCAUAGAAAGAUGGAGCCGGGGACAUAGUGACUGCAAAGAGGCUUACUCACUCCCAAACAAUGUAGACUUCCUCGUCUUUUUGAAAUUUGGAAAAAAAGAAAACCUCUUGAUUUAAGCUCAGCGCUGCUUUGCUUUCAAUCUCUCUUUUUUGCUUUCAAUCUCUUUUUCGCCUCGUGGUUGAUGUGGACAAGGCCUGUCAGAGCCACGUUGAAAGGGAGAAAGUUUGACUCCCUUUCUUGCACUUGAAUUUAAUCAUCAUGCUUUGAAUAUUUUACGAGCGAUAUUUUAAGAUUUUUGAAUGAUUUUUUCAUUUGGGACUACGGACAGAGGUUCUUUUCCUCGAAGUUAUGAAGUCUUUCCCAGUUAGAUCUGCAAACAAGGUCAUGAUUACUCAUCCUAUCGUAACUUUCAGGUUUUUACUGCACGUUAUUAUCCUUUCAUCAUGAUUAUCAUUUGAUCCCAGUGCAGAGAAGGGAGUACGUGUGUGGUACUUACACAAAUAAAGAAUGAUCUCAGCCUCUUCUACACGGUUAGUUACACAGCUUAUUAAUUAAACACAGCGUCACAUCUGCACUCCUCGACAGCUGGGGUUGUAGAGUUAGUUUCUGGCGGAGUGCAACAGGUUAAGCAGUUGCACACACGUACGAGCAGAAGCCUCUUCACGGCUCCUUGGAUUGUGUGAUUAUUGAUAUAGAUGCAGGCCGAUCAAUAAGACUGUAUCCUAACAUUGAUUGGUGAGCUAUUCUGCCUGUGAAAUGGAUGCAGGAGUAACUGGAUGAAGACAUCAACUUAAAAAAGACACUAUAACAUUAAUAGGAACAAAAAACAAUGGAAAGAUGAAGCAAAAUUUGGUGGAGAUCAACAAAGUCUGUCUGAGGAACAAACUAAACUAGUUUCCUGAAGGUUUGUUCAAUGCAUCAGGCUAGGGCUGGGCGAUAUGGCCUCAAAUCAAUAUCAUGAUAUGUUGAGCAGUUCACCUUGAUAACGAUAAAUAGACGAUAACUAGUCCACAAGCUGCUCACCCCCUCCCACAUUAACUUUGUCUACUUCAGCCACUACAACUUUUUGACACGUCCUUUGUCUCCUCACCUGUCUUUCCCUCUUGGUGGGUGAAGUCAUGUCUCCGACGCAGGACAGCAUCUUAAAAGGACAUGAGACCAUAGCCUACCUACCUUCCCUUUUUUUUGACAUCCAAUAUAUAUUGACAUGGGCAAAAUGACGUCGGUUAUUGUUGUAAAUUUUGGUAUCUGUAAAUUUUCGGUUUAUCGCCCAGCCCUACAUCAGACACUUGAGGCUGUAGAUUUAAGAUUGGACUGUGGGCCUUAGCUGAACACUUGAUUCUCCAGAUGUCCUCAUAUUUUAUUUCCUACUCCAGUUUAAUCAUAAAAAGCUGCUCGGACAAAUAUUUUUCAAGUUUAUGAAAGUUUGUAAGUUUUUUUGUGCCAUCACCGCUUCUUGUAAGCCGCAAAAUCUGCUGUAGAGAAAACAACCUGAUGCUAAACAGUCUCUGAGUCACUUUGUUGAACUGAACUCAUCCUCAGUGACUCAGUCUGCUGAUUUGUCACCAGUAUCUGUAGUUGCAUUUGUUAGCUUGUGCCUACCUUUAUGUGGGUGUUCAACAAGGUUUGAUUUAAUUGACGAGAGUCCACAUAGUAUGUCGCCGAGGACCCCCGCAGAGGGAGCACACACUGAUUGGAGACAGAACCAGAAGGUGUUACCUAAAAGACUCCCUCAUGGAAAACUAGGCCAAAUUAAUUGGCUCACGUUGGACACACAAUUGAGAGGACAGCGGUGCUCAGAUUUUUUUUUCAUGCUCCUGCACACACCAGCUGCUGCAUGUCCGACCUCACUCUGCAUUCAGCAAUGGCGGCAGACGACGGGGGUGACAGGUGCUGAUUGGAGCUGUGCGUGCAGUCUAAUCGAGCUGCUGUGACUUUGAGGCAGGUGAUCAAAACAAUGUGCAUGUGCUGACUGAUCUUUGAAAGGAUUGGAGACUAAGUUAACACAGACACAGUUCUAAGGGCUGACUCCCUCACCCUUCUGCCUUCCCCCUCAUUAUAACAACAAAAAAACAACGUACUUCUUCGUUUUCAAACAGUCAGCAGCUUCCUUUUUUCUCUCCCUCCUGCUCCAAAGGUAAUGUAAUUAUAUUUUAGUCGAGCACGUUUCAGCUGAUGCACAUUAAACAAAUGUUUUCCCUACUUCAGACAGAAAAAUAUAGCACACGAUGUUAGCCAAUAUGUUCGCCAAAGCUAAUCAGCAUUUCACCCGCUGAAUGUCUCGCUUUGAUGUUUUGAACUUAGCGGUUUGCUAUCCACAGCACACUUUUACAGUCCAAUAACAGACGUUCUGCUUAUACUGGGGGGAAUAAUGCAGAACAUUAGUAUUGAUAUGCAAAAAUGUGUGAGGACUCAGUCAUUCAUGGCGGCGAGAUCUGUUUUCAAUCUCUCUCUUAGACCUGCAGUUAUCAAUUUGGUUAGGAAAAUGAAAAUACUAGGGUGGGGACAACUGAUUCAGAGGAGGUGGGCUGUAAAAAUAAUACAUACAUUUAAAAAAAUAUGUGGCUGUGUGGCUGUGGAAUUAAUAUAGUUUGAAUUGCAGUCUGGAUUUUGGCUUUCCCUCAAUAAUAAAAGGAAAAUAUCAUAUUUUAAGACAAGCAUGACCCUAUUUAUCUUCUUUUUUCUUUACUUUUAUCUGCCUAAUCUAUUGACAAGAUUCAGCAGCACCAACUUCUCAUGUUUUCGGUUGCAGUACCACCCUGACAACAGGUGAUCUGCAUAUUGACGAGACCUGUUAUUGAUUACAGCUUUAAUGAAUCUCACCAAUCCCAGACUGAGAGUGCAGACUAACAUCUUUAACUUUAAGCAGCUGGGAGCAGGAACAUCAGGAGGUGUGUGUUAGUUAAGCAGAGGCACAAAGAAGGACAGGUGCUGUAUAACAAUAAACAUAAAGAAUAUCUUAAAUCGAUAAUUAAUCGUCUUUUAUAAUAGUAAUCUCAACAUUGAUCUGCAUAAUUAUGUUUAUGGUUUUGCUGCAGCGUUACAUGAUAAAAUAAUAAUAAAAGGAAGAUCCUCUCACAUGCUUUGCAGAGAAACAAACACACAGAGAUGUCCUCUUGUACCUCCUUUUUCUAACUGCAGUUGAGUUUGGCCUCUAACUUCUUUUUCUGGUUCACAGGUUUUUACGAUCGUUUCUAGUACAAGUCACACUGUGAACGACGUGUCUCUUCACAGCUCACCUGCUAUGACACCUGAAUCCCUAAGGAAAAUACACUUUUUGCUACUACAUGAAUCAAACUGCUGAUGACGUUUAUUUGCCAUUUCAACGGGGGAUAUUAACUCCCCUCUUCGGUUUUGUCUGGGGCAAAACUGGUCCUCCUGCUGGGGUAGUGGCUUUAUGUAUACGUGCAUGUCUGAGUGUGUGUGUAUGUGGUGCUACUGCUGUGUGCCAACAAGUUGAGCUAAUGCAUCGUCAUAAUAGGAUAUGAAAUCACAUGCUAGGAAAUCAAUACUAAGCUGUUUCAAGGUGCAAUGUGGCGAAAGUCCCGGCAUAUAAGAGGAUAGUGUAUGUGUAAAGAUAGCUACAUGUGUUUCGAACAUUUUUACUGUAUAUUUAUGCCUUUAAUUUGUAUUUGAAAAAUUGGACAGUUUUACGAGUGGGUAAUCAGCUGUGACCCAGUGAGUCACACUCUUCUUUCAGCUUCCCCAGCUUCUCCCUGUCGUGGGCGAGAGAUGAGGUACAGCCCCGGACAGGCCACCAGUCAAUCACAGGAAGGCCACAUCGACAGACAACCUGGUUAUAGUCAGUCAGAUCCACACCUACGUCCAGUUUAGAGCCACCAGUUAACCUUCGUGUGGGAGGAAACUGCAGGCACCCACACAGCAGGAAGAGCAUGUGCAUCUGUUUAUGUCGCUCCUUUGAAUCUAUAUUUAAAUCUACAUAGGGAGUCGUAGCAGCUUCAGGUGGUCGAUACGCCGCACGACGUUGCGGUCUGACAUAAAUGUGUCACUUGUUGUCACCUCUUGAACUCAUGUUCUGUCUUCAUGCAGCUAAUGAUGUGACUGCUGUUGACCAGUCCUGUUUGUCCACCGCAGAGACAAGAACAUUAAAAGUCAUUCCAGUCUUCCCACUCUGCCAAUUAUAUUGUUCUUUUUGCGUUUUACUCGUACAGCCUCUGAAACAUCAAUGUUCUGUAAAGCAUGUAUGUAAGCCGUGUUGCAUUUGUGCUUAGCGUCUGUUUGCCUGCUGAUUGUGGACCAUAAAUGAUGCAUCUCAGAGGAGUGUGUCAUUUAAACCCCAGGCGUGGGCGAGGAUGGAGAUCAUUUGGACCAGGUGCACCCUGGGAAAAUGGCACACACUAAUGAGGAACAAUCCCUCUUUAAAUGAGACCUUUGCUCUUGCUUGAAACCAGCAUGUGAACUUCAGAGAAGAGGCUUUUAAACACACACAUUUACAACACAAUGUGCUAACCUAUCGAGACCGCCGUUCGUGGCGCGAGAGCGGCAUUAACCUGCUGAAAUUAAUUUUCAGGCAUUUUUCGCAAUUCAUCACAAUUACGCCGCUCGUGUCGCUAAAAAAGAAGCAACAAAAGUGUGAUUGCAAGAGGUUUUUACUCUCGGCUCUUGCUGUUUCAUCAGCAAUUUAAAAAUGUUUGCUUUUAUCCCAAAAGGAAGAUUGAUUUUCAAGGGUAAAAUGCGUGGAAACUGCUGGUCUGCGGAAAAAAAUUGUCUUUCUUCUCUUGACUUUGUAGUGCAGGUGGGAACUAGGCUGUCUGGUAGGAGCAGAUGAGUUUCACACUAAGACGCUGGAAGAUUAUAGUCCUGCCUGGCUCUUAUAGUAAAGCAAUAAGGGGAUGGGAUUUUUUUUUCCUGAGGUGUCAUUGGGUUGGAUGGGUUUUCUGCUGCGCCGUUGUGGUGAUAGGUUAGUUUUAAAAUGGUGGGUGAUGGCCCCUGUGAAAGGAUAGAAGUGGCGCGUUUUCAGGCAGGAUGGUUCGGUCUGAGCAGCGAGGGGAGAUUAGUAUUCAUUGAGGAGCGAGAGGCAUCCCGGCUCCUUUCUCCUGUUGCUCGACCGUCUCGCCAGAUGGAGGGGAGGGUUUUUGCAGCCAGAUUAAUGCUGUCAUCUGAGGUGUAACCUGGCCUUACAGGCUUCAGGCGUGGUUAUGGGAGGCUAAAGAAGGUCCUUUAUGUCAAUCCUGCUGUUGAAGCGACUCAGGCUGACAGGCCGCAGUUAUUCCCCCUCGCAGAUUAAAACUGCAUUGCUUUGAAAUGUUACUCUCAUGUGGUUCUCUCCACAAAGAAAGCUUUUCUCUCUGUUUUUUUCUAUGGAAUAAUGAGAGCAGAAAUGGUUCUAUUUUACCGGUAGUUGAAGGUGCUUUAUAACUCUAAUAUCCAAAUAACAUGUUAUCGUUUUACAGCCUCUUUAGUUGGCGAUGUCUGCUUGGGUGCUGCUUAGAUUCUAAUGUCUAAUAAACCUAAAUCAUAAAACUAAUAAAUGUCAACAAAUAUUUAAGAGGUUGCUAAGAAACUGAUGAGAUAUUUAUGGCUUCCAGAGGAUUUACCCUGAUAACUUUGCUGCUUUCAGGAUUUUUCACCUCCCUGAGAUUAAUACUUUUUGAUAUAUUGUGACAUCUGCAUUGCCAUUUCUUUCUGGAUGUACUCAGGAUCCUUAGACCCUUAGAAGAAUAAAAGGGUGGUAAUAUCCUUUAUUUGAGUUUUUUGGCAUCCGUAGAAUAGACUGAUAUUUAUAUUAAUGGAUUUUUAUGAUAUUCAGAAGCAUACAAGACCAUCAGUGACAGGAUUGAGGGUUUUGAUUUAGCAAUUUUUCAUGUCCCAAACUGGUGUGAAGGUAGGUGUCAGACAAACAGCUGAAAAAACAGUCUUCUUUUUUUAAUUUUAAAUAAAAUAGUCACAAUAAAUGAUGCAUUUGACUGUCACUAAUUAUCAGGUUGAGAUUUUUUUGUCAUAGAAACAAAUUGCACUUUGUCCACAGGGGCCGCCAAAUUCACACCCAUCUAAAGUUCCUCACAGGAGCUUUAAAAAAUACUCAAAAGUCAUCUUAAUGUUUAAAUACCAACAAUUUGAAAAUUAUCUGCAAAGUAAAACUGAUCAAGAAGUGAGUAUUUUGCUUGUCAUCGUGAGAAGUGCACAUCAGUGAAUUGUGGCUUAUCUCAAAUUAAUUUAAAUUUCCUAAAACUGAAGUCUUUGUGCACAAAAAUUACAAUGAGUAUCUCAGAUAAUGGGAAACUGAGAUUAAAGCACACCAGGAUAACUAAGUAUUUCAUAUUUAUGUGUCAGUUUUACUCUACUAUGAUUUUCUUUCCCAAGAAAAUCAGAAAAUUGCUCAAAAAUAUCUCUGACAUAUUUGGAAUUUGAGUUCCUGGUGAUUUUGUGGCAUUAUUUUUAGAGCAUUUGUCAUUAUGACAGCUGAAAAUGGCUCCCAUACCAAAGAAAUUCAAGAUAAGCUGGCAUGAAAUUUCAACCAGAAAUAUGAUAUUAAAAUGUCAAGGUUCCAAUUUUCUUAGCCUUCUUUCACCAGCUUACCAUGUAGUAGUAUGUCGCCCCAAAUCCUCUGACGCUGGUCUUUGUUGGUUUCCAUAAAUCCCUCUGCUAUGUUUUCCUUCCCUCAAGUGUUUAUUACAGCUGUGACAUCAAUCUAGCUCCUGGAUCAAAUUUUCACCCUGUUUGGUCCCUCUGGUGGUGAAGCAAUUGCCAUUCGAAUUAAAACCUCGGGGGUGUUGACCCUCAAAAUAGAAACAACCUACCAAGCAGAAUAUAAGGCUAGACUGUAUUUUAUAAUCUCAGUGAUCUGUCAAACCGGGGAAUAAUUGGCUCUUUGGGAUCACUGAGAAUUGAAGGCGGGUAGAGUAAUGACCUUACCAUCACUUGAAGUGAUGCUUCAGCCUGUAAGCCUCCACACAUGUUAUUAGUCUAAGCGAAGAGAUUUGAGAGGAGAAAUUCCAUCCCAGAAACAUCAGGACGGUGUGAUUUCCCACACAGAGAGCAUCUCUGUCCAGACGAGAGUCACAUCACAACAACAUAAGAGCCUGUUUUUCUUUGUGCACCAGUAAGAUUACAAAAAUGUCAUGUAACUUGAAUUCCCCUGAAGAGAGGAACGAAAAUACCUCACAUUACUACUACUGUAUUUUUGCUUUAUCAUAACACACAUCAUUCAAAAGCUGCUGAGAGAAUGUACAGAGAAUUUUUACAUUUUAUUGACACUGAUCUCAAAUGAUCAGGGUUUCUUAGGCUGCAGCUUUUUCUAAUUCUGUUACUAAACCUCAAUCACAGCCUUUUUAUUGAUUUUCCUAAAAUAAAAUCACAAGUAUAGAUUAAAACUGUGGGCAACAAAAGGGAAGAAAAGCAGCAUUUAACAUUUUUAUCGCAAACUCUUUUCAUCUUAAUCUCAAUCCAGUUAGAUUUUUUCAAGGAUUAAUGUUUCCUGACCAUAAAUUAGUUUUUUAAUAAAUGUUCUCUCUGAUUUUUCAAUCAUACGGACAUGUCAAAACCAGAUAUAUUGAUGAGUCUAGGGGUUAUUUAAUUUCAUUUAAUUGAAUUUUAUUCUAAGUGAAAAAGUAUAGAGAGGGUGGUUUUGCAAAUUACAGUUCUACCCUCAAGGGUCAGCAUUUAAUUUUCACCAAACAUUAUACCACUUAUUCCCUGGCCACCGAAUAAAGACAUAAACAAGUUGACACAAAAUAUUGAUUUAAAGCUCCUGUGGGGAACCUUUGAUUUGAUAACCCUGUUGUUUGUCUUGUUGUCUACAUGCUUGGGUAGUGAUUUUUGAGAAAAACACUCAAAUGUAUCUUUCAUUGUGAAUAUUUAUGUGUGAAUUUUAAAACAGAGCUGUUUCUGUAGCUGCUCGGCUGACACCUAUCACUCAAAAACAAACACAAAAAAAACAAAAAUCAAUACAUUUUUCUGCAUUAAAGGAUUUUUACUUCACUUCAACCAGAAACAAGACAAAUACCAGAACUUUUACUGUUGUUGUUUUUAUUUGUUCUACAUUUUCCUGAAGUUACUGUGUGAUUGAUAACCUCUCACCAGCUCUUCUGUCGUUGUGAAAUCGUACGAGGACAGGAUCUUGCUCCACUUUUCCAUGUCAGUGUCUCCACAGUCUGCCUUCAUAUCUUUGCUCAGUGACUAUCAUUCCUCUCCAGACUCUCAUGACUCGCCUGAGAUUGAAACUUGUUUUUUUUUUCCCACAUUUUCAAAAGGCAGAGGUGAAAUGUGUUGGAGUCCUUUCUGCAUCCUGAUUUGAUACGACAUGAUCAGGCUGGCUCUUGCGUUGCUUUUGCUGUUGAGAACUUUUAACUGUUGUCAUGGAGUUUUGACCAGUCGGAGUCAAGAUGUCUGCAGUGCAACAGUGAUGAGUUUUUGCUUACAUAAGCUGUGAAGCCAGAGAAGAUAAAGUUGUGUGGUGGAAAAGAUUUUAAAGUUAUGUCAUAUUUGACAACCCUGAACUCCGUUAGCUUAAACAUGUACCAGCAAACAUUCCCUGCCCCAUGAAGCCUUGUAUCUUCUUCAGCGAAGGAGCAGCAGACAGUCACGCACUAAGUCACAUAAAUUAGGGUCUAUACAGCAGGUUGAACAUAAUGUUGUUGUUUUUUUCAGGUGGGGAAUUUUCUCAUUUCUAUUUCCAGCCCAGAGGUUGGUUGGUUCGCUAAAUUGAUCAGGUGAACACAGCAGCUUCUAAGAAACCUGCUCACACCUGAUAAGCCCAGUAACCAUGGCACCACCUGUACCGGCACAGCUCAGACAUCACAUAUGCCUCAUUUCAGAUAGGAAGGUGAAGUCAUAGACUUUCCCUACAGUCAAGUUUACGGCUAAACAGUUGAUAUUAUUCUGACACCUGAGGGUAUAGUGAUAAGUAAUACUGUCUCCUCCUCUCAGAUAUGACUGUGCUAAGUAGUUUUCAAUCUAAACUAAUCAAAAUGUGGGUGCAUGUUCAGCGAUUAAUGUAAAUCUCUAUUUGCGAGAAGCUGAUUUAUAUUCACAGGAGGAGAAAUCUGCCUCCUUCAAAAGCUGUUUCAUAAAAAUCUGAUUCCUCUUUUGAAGGUUACUCCCUCUGUUUUCAAUUUGUGGUAAAGCUGCUGACAUUUUCAACCUAAGCGUGAGAUUUACCAGGGAGUGAGUGAGGGUUCAGAGGGCCGAGUUAAACUCUGAAUACGUACUCCAUCAUUGCCGAGGGCCUUCAGAGAUCAAAUCUCUAUCAAAUCAAAUGAGAUAGCAGUGCAGAAGUACCUUCAAACAUACUGUUGUAACUUCGCAGAGAUCAGAAGCCUCAGAAAACUUCAUAAAAUAGUUUAGCAAAUAAUUAAUUCAAUAUGUAUGCACCAUAUUUUGACUCUACGACAGCAGUGGGUAUUUACAUUGAGGUAGGCAGUAUGUGUGGGCCAGGAAGGGCUGCUCUAAAAACUGUUUAGGAACCAAAAGAGCCAGUCCUUGUUAAGCCAGAUGAUCUGGACGACUCAAAGGAGCAGGAAUUCCCAUCAGUAGUAUCGUCUGCAUAAACAGUUUUCAUCAAAAAGAGAGUAAGGAUCCAAACUCUGCCCUUGCAGAAUAAGAUGGAUCACAGGCUAGUGAUGGGCACGGCAGUUCUCAUAGAUGUACUGAAUCACUAGAAUCAGUUCACUAAAAAGAUUUGUUCACCAAAUCACAGAAUCAUUUAGCGGGAGAAGCUUGCAACUCCGACCUCCUGAACUGAAACACAGCUAAACGUUUUAGGAUUCAGUUUAAUUCAUAGCUUCUGGGACCGGGAGACGGGAGUGUUUGGCUGUGUUGCUUUGACUAACAGGUUUGUAAAAAUGAACUUGUUUAUAAGUCAUGAAGUUUUUAGUGUACUGUCUUAUGGUAUGCUAUUUAUCAGGUCUGCUCGGUAAGUUGGGCUCAGUGAGUGAUUCGUUCACUGACCGUUUAGAAGAAUUCACACUGAACAUGAACCGUUCCCUCGCAAACCGCUGCAAUGAUAGGAUGCUGCGGGUUUAACGCACUACUUGUUGCAUGCUGUGUCCUAUUGUAUGCAAGCUGUUGUGGCGGCAAUUUAGCAGUGAAGAACAGGUAGUUUUGUCCGACAAAAAUGAUUCCAGAGAGUGUAGUUCAAUGCUUGAUUCAUUCACCAAAUGAUUCAGGCGUCGGUGCAUGCGGUCUCUCGUUUGCCGGCUGCUGGCCUGGCAAUGCUGUUUCUUACUUCAGCGCAACUGAAAUGAGAAACGAACUAAUCACUCAAGGAAGUGAUUCGAAUCAGUACGUUCACUUAAAAGAUUCAGUUCUUUUGAACGAAUCGUUUGCGAAUGACACAACGCUAUCACAGACAACUUGAGCACAAUCAUAAAACCUUUGUGAUUUUGAAGUGACCAAUGAUCACUGUCCCGUUCAUUCAAAUUGGUUUUCUGUAAAACUCAUGUUACUUGAAGCGUUAACUUAAAAUCUUUUUUUUUUUUUCCUGUAGAAAACAGCACCAUCUCCUCGACAAUAUACAGUGCCUAUAAGGCGUUAACGUCUGUCAAGUUCAGUGUUGUUUGGUUUCACCAACUCAAAGCUGUUGGCUGGCAUUAGCAUCAUCUGCUCCGCUACUCUUUGCUGGAAGGGGCAGCAGCUCUGCCUCAACAGCUGAAUGGUAACUUACAGCCGGGUAAUGAUUCUCUGUGGGUCCAUCACUUUAAGUCACCCAUUUAAUCCAUCAACCAUAUAAAAAUGUUGAAUUUUUGUUGAAUGUAUUCACUAAUUGACCAUUAAUCUUGUUUAAUAUAAAAAAGGGCAUGUUAAAAGCAUUCCUGAAGGAACAGAUUUCAGCUCUCUCAGUCAAACCUGGUUUUAAAGGAUUUGUACAUAUUGACUGAAAACAAAGCAGGUUUUAACAGCUGCUUUUCAAAGUUUCUAAAAGAGUAAAACCUUAUCGUCAGUUGCUUUCAAUAUAUUGUUAUUCAGUUUAAGCAGAAAAAAAGCUCUUCAUGCCCUCAUAAUUAACAGUGCUCCAGUUUCAUAUCACAGUUUGUGAUUAAAACGACAAUUCAGACUCAAACAUCUGCUGGUUUUGUACCAUUUUAUAAAGUAUUGAAUUAUUCAUUCAUUCGCCUCCACACUGGAACUUACUCAUUACUGGAAAGCAGAACAAAGUAUAGACAGAUAUCCUGCUGGAGUUUUCCCUAAAAAAAUCCUGGAGUGAUCCAUCUGGACUGAUUUUAAAUGAGUAGAUUAGUCCUGUAGUUACAGAAAUCACAGCACUGCAGUUAAGUGCAAUACUAGAUGAGUGGCUCUAUUCAACAAUCACCGAACAUGAAAAGGAGGGUUAACACAGGCAAGUGAUUGAAAUAACAGCAUGCAGUUUCCAUAAAGGUGCAGGUAAAAGUGUGCAGUUUUGUUAUCGAGGAAUAGUGUUAUAUAGUGAAUACCACGACCCAGCUGCAGGUGUCUUUUUCUGUUUGUUUGGAAAUAACAAGGUGGGUUGAAGGGGAAAGUGGCAGUUUGACAACAGUUAGACCUAAAUGGUUGGGCUGAAGGGUCGGACAAUCGUUUGCACCCUCAGGGGCUCGCUUGUGUUCCUAGAAAACAGAAAGUGGCUUUAAAACGAAGGUUAGACCGGCAAUUUUCACCAGAUUAUUGAUUCAAGGCACAAACCCAACACUGCUGGCUGGAUGUGUCUCACACGGUCAUGUCAAUAUGGUCAGAAAAACAUAAUUAAGUCAAGUAUUGAUGAGUUGUCGACCACUUACUUGCUUUUGUUAAAAAAAGAAGCAUCAGUAAGCAUAAGUAGAAGUGAAGCUUAACAUGAUUUGGCUAAGGAGAGAUGCAGGAGUGGCAGCUGGUUAUAAGGGAUCAUUGACAAGCAAAUAUGGAGUACUGAGAGUCAGUCCGAUUCACUGAUGACUUGAGUAUUGGCUACAUUCGAUCCAGGAUGAUGGAGAGAAGGACUUCGACUUAGUUAUUGAUUGAGGCUGUUUUUGUUAGCUUUAGAUGUAUCGCCCCACUUACUUGUUCACUUGUGAGCAACGUCUCUUCACGAUUACCGUUCAUGUGCCGUCAGGUUGAGGUACAGUGACUGCCAGGAUGCCUAACUCUAGCCCUUAACAUAAAAGUGAAGGUGAGAGUAAUAUUUCUGAAAGUAUUAAAGGUGGAGUAGGCAGGAUCUGAGGAAGUGACAGUUUUUGGGAGAAAUCUCAGAAAUGAAACAGAUAGUAACACAUAGAAACUGUGAACAAAACAGUAAACACGUGUGAAUGAACUUCAUCAUGAUUAAUAAUGGAUUCUAAAUACUCACAUUCAGAUUAUUCAGUGACAAAUGGUUAAAAAUACUAAAUAAACAACUAAAAUAUAAAUCAAACAUUUCUAAAGCAUUCCUGUUACUUAGAGUAAAGUUAUGAUUCAUACUCAAUAAAUUUAACUCUUAAAAGUUGAUGAAACAGUCUGAAAAGCUGUUGGUCUAAAGAAAUCGAAGAAUAAGGAUUUAUUCUGUCGGAGUGGUAACUUGGCUUCUGGAGCACAUAGAAAAAUGGGAAACAUCUCAUUUUAACACAAAUUUCAUGAUUAGACAGAUUAGUACAUUGGUGAAAGAAUACAAAUGACUGAUCAUGACAUCUUAUGCAUUCAGCAAAGGAAUGCAGUUCUUAUCAGAACAUAGUUGAGCAGGGUUUUACGACCGAUGUCUGGAGGUCAGUGUCCUGCUCCUCAGACCUUAUCUUGGGGUCCGUAUGUUUAAGACAGUAAAUCACAAAUGGGAGAUCUGGGCUGAGGCGUUAAUGUUUAUUCAGAUGGUCAGUGAUGGAGUUAGUUUGAAAGGUAAUAAAAACUCUGUCUCUGUUCUCCGAAUUGACCAAUCGUGAAGAGUCAGAGGUUUGGUCAACCUCCGGUCGUGUCAGUUAGGUAACCUGAAAGUGCAAAACAAGUCUGGAAAGAUUUAUAUCCUGUGUCAUGGGACCAGAUAAGGAAACUUUCCUGCGAGGAAUGUGUGAGUUUUACACACAGGGUUGUCUUGAUUGCUACACAGGCAUAACAAAUCACAGCGGUAUCAUUAUAUUAACAAAUGUCAUCAAUAACUAAUAGCUAUUGACUGAUAUUAAAAGCUGUUUUUGAAUCCUGCCUACCCCAUCUUUCAAGAGCAUAACUUAAAAAUGAUCAAAACUACAGUUUUUUUUUUUUGCUCAUGUUUUUGUGCAAUGAUUAAAAGACACAAAAACCAAAGCACAAAAUUUGCCAUCAAAACAGCAAACAAUAACAAUAAUUUAAAACACUUAUAAUACAAGCCAAAAAAGACCAUGUUGAAUAGACCAAAGUUUGCUUGUUGACAUAUUUAAAAUGUCAGUUUUUAAGGAGGGGAACUUCACAGGAGAGACUCAAGUUGUUAAAUAGUGGUGCCGAAUAAUCAUGCAUUAAUAUACAGGAAAAGGUUUACUUAGUCCAGUGGAGAUGAGGUUUUCUGCAGAGGAUUAGGGCCACUGGGAAGAAAAGGUCCUAUUUAUUUCUAUAUAUGUUUAUAUAAGUCAGAAUUCAGAUGUUUUUUUUCCAGAAUAAUAAUCAUUAUAUAUACAUACUGGACCUCAUUUUUUUUCUAUCUAGUCGCCCUAAUCCUCUUCCGUAGUUUUCAAUCGUAAAGUGUGUGAAUCAUUAUUGGAAAUCAUCAUCAAUCACACACCGUGCUCACCACCUGCUUGAUCUCACUAUUAUAAUGGGAUUGUCUCUUGAGUCAAAGGACGGUGUGGUCAUGAUAUGAUGUAUUUCUUGUGUACGACUUUUGCACACACACACACUAACCCCCCCUCUUUGCUAAAGCCAGCUUGGGCUGAUAAUAAGAUUAGAGCACACAGAGGCAGCUUAGUGACCUGGCCUAAGACGCGGUGAUGGUUUAUCCAGAGCGGCUGCAGAUAGACAUGAUUGGGGAAAGGAGCAGGAGUGUGGGCGGGAGGCUGCCGAGGUCAGAGUGCAUCAGGAGCCACUCAGUCACUGUGCAAUUGUGCCUGUAGAGUCACUCUGUGCUGGGUGUUAAUUGCCACUUAAGAGUCACUAAAACUUACCCAUAAAACACCUCCUUAAUGCACCUAACUUAAUUAUAUGUCUGUUUUUUUACACAAACACUCUCCAUCCUUCAUCCAUAACCACCACCUCCACAACAAACACAACAUCACCUCCAUCAGUGUCCUCAUCCAUCCAAACCAAUCAAUGCUCUGUCGGACUGAGGGGAAAUUAAAGCUUUAACCCUUUUGCUGCCACACACAUAAUUGAGGAACCAAUGAGAAACAGAAAUAAAGUAAAAGCAGUGAAGAGUUAAAGUUUUUUUUUUCUUCUGAUAACUAAAUCAAAAUACCUCUUAGACAUAAAUUUAACUUAUCAAAUAUAUCAACAACAUAUAGAGCAUGUGUAAGACAGUUGAUUUUAUGUAUAUAUGCUGUGAUUUUAACAUCAUAAAGUGUUUCACUUUUUCUGCACCUUCCCAACCAAAAAUGGGAUAAAUGAUUUGGAUUUUGCUGACUGACUUGAUUGAUAUCUUAAAAAAAAAAAAUCAGUGAUCACCUUUUUAUAACCAUUUGUCUUGUUUAUGGGGGUUAUUUUUAGCCCUUAAUAGCUUGGGCAGCUGAAAAAAGAAAUGGUAACAGGGUAUGUGGGGAAGAGUGAGCUGGAAAAGACAUGCAGCAAAGGGUAAAGGUCAGGGGUUGAGCCAAUAACCCCUGCAACAAAGACAGCUGCCUCAAAGCUGCAGUGUAAUCGUUAACCACUAGGCUGUGCUGUAGCGCUGGUUUACUCCACCUACCAUAACACUCUGAUGCUAAAUUGCUAUAAUGCUCUACUACCCGGAUGUAAACAAGCACAGAUUUCAGUCUGGCCAGGUUUAGUAGUAUUCAUGAAUUAUAUAGCAGAGAACAUGUCCUCGACAUAAUUUGCAGUGCACAUUACUCUGCCUCAUGUCCAACAUCAACAAACCAAAAUAUCUCCAUACCACCAACGUUUUUGUACCACUGUUUUCGCCGAUGUUGUCAACUGUAGAGCCUUAACCUGCAUAUCUGUGCUUCCUGUUACUACUAAGUUAUUCGCUACUUGGUUCUAAUUCAGCACAUGAUUGGUUCAGCGCAAAGCAGACCUGGAGCAACUCCCCUUUUUACUGGCUAUUCGUAAAGUCUACCAAAACAUGGCAGAAUGACGACUAUCAAAAAGAAUAUUGACCAUGUUUUAUAUUGAUAUUGAGGGAAAUUAAUUCUCAAUAUAUAUCGUUUUAUCGUCCAGCCCUUGUGUCUGGUUAAACUGGCUCAAGUGGACUGAGAGCUGAUCAACUUGGACAGACCCAGGAUACGAUACAGAUCUUUGAGAUAGGACCCGGAAUUCCAGGAGGGAGAACGAUGCCUCUUUUCUCCCCACUCUGCACUUUAAAUACUUAGUUUCAGUAAUCCACGAGAAGUUGAUCACUGUUUGUGGCAACACUCCUCGACAGAAAGCCCUCAAGGCACAAACCUCCUGUUACCAGUCAUAGCUCUGUUUUCUCAGUACAGACAUCACAACAGAGGCUGACAGACCAAAAAAGGACGACAACAAACCAAACUAAGAGGCACAGAGACAAGAGAGAAUAAGAGAGAGCGACCGAGCAGGAGGCCUGACUGGAGUAAAUCUCUGACUGGCUUUUAGGUGAUUGACUAAAGUGAAUUGCAGAGGCUCAGAGUCGCAAAAAAAAAAGGAACAAAAAUCUUAUAUAAGGUUUAGCGGCCAAAACACCACUUUAAUAUCAACACUGUGCUCUGGAAGAAUGUGAAGGUGUUGCAUUAAAAGCUAAAAAUGACUUAAUUAAUAUAAUCAUUAGCUGCAGCUCUGGGGCUCCAUAGUUUUCCACACUCAGUGUCAUUCAUACCGUCUCAUUCAGCUCCAAAAUGUAAUUAAUUAUGGAAACAGGCCUUGUGGAAAGUGAUAUUCACGAUUUAUUGUAUGUUACAAAUUUGAUUCUGCUCAGCAGACUGAAAACGACAAUAAUUAGAGCCAUUUGUUUUUGGGCCAACGUCUCAGAGAAAAGCCACUGGCCAAGUCUGCUGUCAUUAAGACGCCAGCUUUUUAUCUCUCAACUUAUUGUGCGGAAAAAGCAAAGUAGCCGAAGAGGAUUACAACACAAUAAAUCUCUCUCAUAAUGUCUUUUGACCAUUAGGCUACACAAGGACAGCACACGGUCAGUCUCAGGGGAGCAACUGUUCCCUGUCUAAUCCCUCACCCAGGGGGAGCACUUCUACAAAAGCAGAGUCUAUAAUGCAUUCAGGAGCAGACCCUCGAGAGGCCUUAAAAGCCUCUUUCACUCUAUCUGUCAUGUCAGGGUGUGGGAGCCAUCGAAUCCUUUUACACUGUGAUAUAAUCCAUGUUGAUAACUUUCCUCGCACCUCUCCUAAAUUACUCCUGCUCUUAAUUUUGCACAAUUCAUGUCGUCUCUUUUACCGUGUGCAGACGCAUUCAUACCACAGACGGCGUCUUCAUUCUUCUUCAGGAGAAAGUUUGAGAGAUUGAUGGCUCAGUGGAUGAAUUUAAUGGUCAGUCAUGUCUCUUUGUUGUGUGUUUAUGAGUCUAUUUGUCAUUUAUUGUGGAUCUGUCUGCGAUUGUUGGAAAAAAAGCCUUUUAACUUAAUCAUUCAAUCUGUCCCUCACUCACUCACUCGCUCGCUGCUUUCUUCUGUCAAUUUAAAGGAAAUGUGCAAUUUAUUCCGGUCUUUGGAGAGAUUGUUUCGCCCUUGGGAAAAUACAUUUUACCUACAAGCUUGAUUUCCAGACUUGUGAACGAGGAGAUGAUGUAAAAGCUUGAUCUGUCAGAGAGCCACAUGGUUGAACACAAGUCCUAGAGGUCGAGCUGAGUAAAGAUGUAGUUUCACACAAUAGAGGCUCAGUUUAGGAUUAUUUUCACCGUCAUCCUGAAAUCAUUCUAAUUAUUUUCCUUUUUUUUUUGGAUGGUCUAUAACCAACAUGCUCAGUUUACUAUCACACAAGACAAGAGGAGAGCAGAUUAUCGGAGUUUUCAGGAACUCGGUAAUGUUUGGCAUUUUGAAAGAUUUAGGGAUUCCACAUUAAUACUGUCUGCAAAGGCUGUGUAAAACCUGCUGCAGUCAGAUUUUGAUUCAUUUAGCUAAAAAAGGUUGCCUGCACUCACAAUCAGCUGCUUUUUCUUUUGAUGUCUAUUGUGUCGUCUGUGGAGACUGAAGAGGCUUCAGAGUUUCUUCAGGUGAAGGGGAAACGCAGACCUAACUUGCGCUAAAUAAUGCAGAUGCUCGGUUUGAAAGCAGCUGAUCUCAAUCUGACUGAUUCUGUCAAGUGGAUGUAGUCACUGCAAAGUCGACCGCAGACUUUUACAGGACUGACUGGAGAAAGGGCAGACGGAUUAUCAACCUCUGGACGAUUAUUGGGGCUGAUAUUUGGUAUUCAGCUGAUUAUCUGUAUCAACCUUUUAUUGUUCAGAUAUGAUGAAAAAAAAGUGUGUUAUUUCAGCUCCUCUGCUUGUGUUUCUUCUCCUCUGGGGUUACAACAGUAUUUGAUUGGCUCGACACCAUGGGACCGGGUGAUGCAACAGUACUGUAACAAGUUAACUGUCACCUCCUGUAGGUGAUGUAGAAAACUUCAGUUUUGAUCAGACGAGGCAUUUAAGUUCAGGUGGUGCAGGAGUUCAUGAUUCUAAAUAUUGACAGAGUUUUUUAUUUUUACUGUGAAUGCAUACUGGUUGCAAAAUGUGAGUCUCAGCUUUAUGAACUGGUAGCAUUUUGCCAGAAGAUUCCACAUGUUGACAAUAGGCUGUAUAUGCUCUGUUUAGUUGAUUUAAUACCAAAUGGGGAUAAAAUCAAGUGCAUGAGUGAAUUACAUGUUAAAUCAAUGUGAAGACCCACUUAGGCUCAAAUUCUUGUCAGCAAUGUGAAUGCUGUUAAUAAGGUGAAUUGAGCACAUAACUCUUAUUUGAGAGAGAGUUGAGAAAUCUGAACCCCAGCGAAUUUCUCGCACGAUGAGUUGACUUUAAAACAGCUUUUUCGAUUUGAUCUGAUUUAAGACGGAUAUGUUGUGGACAGAUAUUAUGUAAAACAUGGUAAAAAUAAAAUGAUAUAUGGUCUUAUUUUCUGAUCACCCCCACAUAACUACUUUUUUUUGCCCAUUUUUUGACUUAAUUCACUUCUCAGUCCCGGAGGCUGCGUCCACUUUUUGUCAAAAAACACAUCUUAGGCAGUUCAUUUAAAGGGCUCUAUUUUCGUGCCUUGCCGGAGGAGUGGCACAGGUGCGGCGUAAGUCAGGUCUGCCGCGCCGACAAGGCGUACCCAAGCACAUUUUGGUAUUUCGGUGAGCGGCGCAGCCUGUUGUAAGUAUCCCCCCUCCCUAACCCAGCUCCUCCCAGUGGUGUAAUUAGCAGAGGCAUCGGUGACGUAUGCGCACUAUGCCGCCGGUCUACCAAAAUAACACCAGACCAGCUGCAUUCUGCCUGCGCUAAGAGCUGACCAGGUUUGAAUCGGCGAGCUUUCAGUGCACUUUCCACACCGGUAGUGAGCAUGAAAGUGUCCCCUCGGUGCACCUCAGUCCAUGAAAAUACUGAAUUGGCUAUGAACCGGGCUCCGCCACACAAAAAUACCUCUGCACAGGGUGUGCUACCGUCCGCUGUGCUGACGGCGGGCAUGAAAAUAGAGCCCGAAGUCUCAAGAGAUUGACCAUCAAAUGCCCACGAUAAUAAUUAUUUAUGAUUACUCAUGACAUACUGUAGGAAACUGUUUUAAGGUAAGUACCUUUGCCUGCUGCGUCCAGAGUCUUGUCAGCAGAAUCUAAAACAUUUACAGCAGAUAGAUCAGGACAUAACUCUCUGCCCUUCUGAAAGUCUCUCCAUCAAUUUUCAUGAUUUAUAUGUGUUGCAGACUUGUUGCAUAUUUUACUAAUGGACUUCUUCUUAACUGCUUGUACUUGUUUUUAAUGAAGAUUUUUAUCGGAGCAAUUAUUAAACCAGUUAAACUGUAAUCCUGUCUUAAAGGGAUUGAAGCCAAAAUGAUAAUAAAGCAAAAACAACACCCAAGGAUGAUGAAAAAAAGGGGUUUUUACAUGAAUCCAUCACAGAAAGUUUGAACUAAAAUAGUAAAGAUCAGCUUUUUUUUCCUUUUGGAGCAAAUUGAGUUUAGUGACCGUCCUUCAACCACAAAGCUAUGAGCUUAAGACCCUGUGUCGGCAAAAAAUCUUUCACUGAAUCUUUAGCAGCUGCGGGGCUGCUCUCCUGUUACUGACCCAGCACUUAAACCUUGUUGCAAAAAGAAAAUACCCCCACAGGGAUCAAUAAAGUGUCACAUUAGCCUGUUAAUGCACAGCUGGGAAGUACAGCAAUAGUGAAAUUACCUGUACAAAUCACAGCACGACAUUAAUCACGCCCGUGAUUUGCGAGUGUGCCAAACAGACGACUACAACUCACUCCUGUCAGCGGUGAAAUGUCACACAUGAACACUGCCGGCUGCUACAGUGGAAACUGCUGCAGAGGCACCGAGCUGUGCACUGAAGAGCAAUAACUGAAGCCCCAAUCUGCACGCCUCAUGGACUCAGCUGACUUUAAACUACUGAGGUGCAAUGUGGCAGCAUUUUCUGUCUUCAAUUGUUUUGAACAUAUUUACUGUUUGUGAAUCAUCUGGCGGUUUUUGAUUAUCGGACAAAAGGGAGUGAAGAAUUUAAUUGUAAUUACCUCCAAAUUAUUGAGUCUCCGGGGAAAUUACUGCUUGAUGUUUUCAGCAACCGAACUACAUUCUUGUGACACCCAAGUCCUGAAAUUCAAGAGACAGAAACACAAAGAUUUAACUCGGUUGACUUUUACAUUUCCAUGUGUCUUUUUGUGUUGCGUAAUCAUGCAGCUGCAGGUUUAGCUUCAGUGUGCUUGUGUCUGUUUGUGUGUGUGCGAUUUGUUAAGCUGAAUUAGGUGUGCUGCACCACUCAGUUGGGUGAAACGGGGACAGAACUAGUACCUGUUAAAGGGUCAGUUCAACAAAUUUCAAUACACUUAAAUUUCUAGUUCAGUGCAAGAAUAGCGAACGUAACAUCCACAGGCUAGGUUUUGUGGAUUACUAGAUGUAGAUGAGAUGUUAUGAGAGGAGGGGAUUGAUAUUUGAGGAUGUAAAAUUUGAAAUUGUGAGACUUUAGUGUAGGACUGGGUGAUUAUAUGAUCGUGAUCGAUGAUCGUGAUGAAUUUCAGUUCGAUCACGGUGAUCAGCUGUGAGCUUAUUUACUCGAUCAAACAUAGAUGUCAGCAAAAUAGAUGUCAGUCAUGACUUUGAGUCAUCCUCCGGAGAUGUUAUUGUUGUGAAUGAAAAUUAUUUAAUGUAAGUUGUGUGGCGGUGGUUCUGGUAUCUCCAAAGUGACUUUGAGGAAUCACCCUGAUGUGUAAGGUAUGUCGAUGAUUGGUUCCCCUUAAAAACCAGCAACACAGUAGAUCUGUUUAAUAAAAUAUUGAACUAAUCUCUAGUUUCUUCAGUUUUUAGUACAGAUGCUUUAAAACUGGCAGUUUAAAAACAAAUCAUGAUAAUAAUCGAGAUCGGAUGAUAUGAAAAAAAAAAACGUGAUCAUUUUUUUUGCCAAAUCGCCCAGGCCUACUUUAGUGUAUUGGUGGUUAAAGCCUCACACUUAAAUGAUCUACCUGUUCAGAUAUUGUCCAGGAGAAUGAAAUAUGAGCCAGAAAUGAAGUGAUUUGCCAAAUGUGAAUGAUGUACUUUUACUACAUGUCUGACUAAAUGCCACGUAGCUACAGAUCCGUAAGAUUCAACACCUCUUUUGUGGAGUGUGAUAAGCUCUAAAACUCAUUUAUCUAUCACAGGAAGUCGUCAAUGAUUUAGUUGUGCUGACCCUUUCACAAGAUGGUGCUGUAAGUGGACUAGGCUCAGCAGGGGAGACACAUUAGGUUGUUUUUCUCCUGUGGCAUCAAUUGGCUUAAGUCUGCUGCUCUGACCAUUGUCCAGGCCCCACUGUGGGUGGACAUGCUGCCGGGUGGAUUUGAAGGUCAACAGAGUUCACAUGCAAGUGUUAGACAUGUUGGAUAUAAUGUAGGACUCACCAUCUGAGCCCUGACUACACUGAAGGAGAGGGUUUUUACUCAGAUUGGCUGCAUGUUUUUCCAGAGCUUCUGUCUAAAAAUGUCACAUCUCCAAAAGUCUCUUUUCACCGUAGAAACGCUGACACGUGUCCUGCUCUGGUAGGAAUACAUGAGGUGAUUAAAAGUCUCCCAUGUCCUCGAUACAUGUUCAAAUGGCAUGCUAUAAUUAGGAUUUUUAAAAUAUUGAUUUCACCUCUGUAAUGGCUUCUGCAGCAGGUACUCUCAAUUAUUAAUCACCUCAUUUCUGGACUUAAGGUAAAGACAGAGGCUGAGAUGUAAAGAGACGGAAACAUGGACUUUAAAUUAGACCAGGAUCUAGUGGAUCCCAAAAGGCCAACUCACAAACUGAAAUUUUAAAACAGUCGAACACAACCUUAUAUCAUAUACAAUUGGUGUAUAACUCUAAAAUAUAUGAUAUUAGAGUGGAAAUGACAGGAAGCUUUGGUUAAAUGCGUUUCCUCAUCAUACAACAAAUGGCCCAAUCCAUUAAAGGAGUCCUGCUGAGUCAUAUUGAUCGGUUUCUUCAAAGUCUAUCAUAUGGAUUGUUUUCACUUAGUAAAAUCCAUACCCUGGCUUUGGGAGUAGCUCUGUGCUGUGGGAACUGUUGAUAUUACACCAGCGCACACGAAGUGAGACUAAACCGUAGAGUAGCUGAGCAAAGUUAAAUGAAGACCUUAUUUUCUGUUGGUGGGAGUCUGACGUUUAAAGCACAAAGUAGAUACGUCUUCUGUGUGGUUGAGUUGGUUUGGAAGAUAGAUAACACCAUUAACUUUAUGCUAUAAUCGCCUUUAGCUAGCAGCUGAUCAGCUUAGAUUAACACAAUGGCAGGAAACAAAGGAAACAGUAAUAGCUUUGCCUAGCAGUUAUACUGGAGAAAGUUCAGCCAAAAGAACAAAACGAAACAAAAACGAAACCCAACAACACCUCCAGAGUGCUGAUCAACAAUAUGAAAGGUUAAUACACACGCACACACCAACUUCAUCUUCUUACAAACACAUCCAGAAUUGUAAUGUCUCUUUGUUCAAAGGUGUGUGUGUUUUCGUUCUUACCCGGGAAUCUCACGAGACUCACAAGUCUUCUCGUGAGACUGGAUGAGAUCUCACAAGCUCUCGAAUGUUUCCCCAGGAGUCAUAGAAUGAGAUCCACCGAUCGGUGUAUAUAAACGGCGGUGUGUAUAAACACCCACCUCUGACAACCCUGGCCUCUCCUAUUAUCAAGUUAAGAACAGUUCAACGUAUUGACUUUAUUUUAUUCUGAAAAUUAACCGGAUAUUUUACUCUGUAUCCGCGUGUAACUUCUGCUGUUGCUCGUGCUGCGCUGCACUGAAUUGAUGCACCAUGCUUCAGCGUACGGCAAAAAUAGAAGCUUUGCGUACUUGAUAUGGCCGCUGGAGCCCAUUCGCAGCGGAGCCGGACAGAUUCUGUUGAAUCACACACAUUGAUUAUAAAGCUUGCGUCUUUGAUCCACCUGCCGUGCUGUAGCGGAGCAGAGCCGUUCCGGAUCCUGUGGGUUUGCCCGUUAGGAGUCUGGUUAACGGGUAUCAUUAGUCAAGUAUUAUUGUCACAAUUGUAAGAUAACGCAAAAGUCGAAACCCUUUUGAUUACCACACUGAGAUAAAACAGGUCAUGCUGUGAUUUAAACAAAUCCAAGAUGGUCGUUUGCCUUUGUCUCCCGUCUUUAAUGCUGGCUGAUGGCUUCUCCUUGUUUCCAACGGAGACAUUCAAGAGUGAUGAUAUGUUUUCUGUCGUGUCAAACUGUUUCCAUAAAUAGACAAUUAUCAAACACUCUUUAACUCAUAAUGAAAAGUUUUACCCUCCAGAAUUCCUUGCACCCCCCCACCCCUCACGUGAUGAACUUGGGAGGCAUCUGAUGUUGUUUACGGAUUAUAAACCUCAUCCUGUAAUUCCCCUCUAAGCUGAGAAGCUCAGUGGAAAUCUGAAAUCAGAUCACUCAACCUCCUAAUUACGUUCUCACUGCAUUAAGCCCUCCCUGCAUCCCAAAGGCGGUGAAGUGGCUCUGUGAGGAAACUUUGUGGGGCCUCAGCCGCCGUGUUUCGACCCUAGACUUGUGCAGCAGCGCUUGAGUUAGCCCUCACAGUCAGUCUUGACAGCACAACUCUCGGUGCGCGGUGACACAUGACAGAUCUGGGAGAUAAAACGACCAUUUCUCGCCCUGCUGCCACUUUAAUGGUUUAUAAAUAUCUUCUUCAAAGACGGAGGCGGCGUUGGGUGGCGGGGGUGGUUAUGGCUCUGUGUUGUGGUGCAACAUUGCAGACCCAUAUUAGCUCGCAGUUUGCCUUUCAUUCCCUACCUCUGGGACCCAGGAGCUGGCUAAGAGUUCACUAUGGGGCUGUGUGAUAGACAGCUGGAAUGAAAGGCCAUCGUCUUUCCCUCAGUCCGAAUCAAGCGAACACAACAAAACCACAGAAAGACAUGAACUACUUGUUGUUCCGCAGCUCCUUUUCUAGAAAGACUGAAUGAAUACCCAUGUGCACAGAUGUAAACCUUUCCCCCUGCUUACAUAAUUCACACAAGUUAGCUACAAUGCGAGCCUUUGUUUACCCACAUAAACACCUAUAUCCCCUGUGUGUGAGGUAUUUGCAUGUGAUCAAAGCCUCGGCUCACCGCACCCUCCUUCCCCUCGCUCCCUAUAGGAACCUGUUUUCUCCAUCCUCCCCGUUCGUCUGUCUUGUGUUUUGUUUAGCUCCAGGGGCAUUGUGUUGAAUGUCAGAGCUGCUGGAAGACUCGCGAGGCAUCAAGGGCACAUGCCCCUAUUGCUUUAACGGCACAAUUAUUUAUGUAGGUAAACGUUUGAAGGAGAGUGGGAGGACGAAUGGCGAGGGUAUGAAAGGGUUCAAAAGGUCGUCGAACUAUUGUGGGCUCUCACAAGACGCAAACGCACAACUGUGCAGUGUAUGAAAGUGUUAUCAGAGGCCAUGGGUGGAUUUAUGAUCAUUAGAUGUCCAGGAAAUUUAAGUCAUGUAUAGAUUUAGCAGUGACGACUCACACAGGCUUUUUUUAGCCUUGCUCAAUAUGUCAUUUUUGGCAGAGCCUCUUUUUAUUGUGGUCUUGGCAGAGACAAAGGGUUAACAUGCAGCUGCUUUUUCAGAGGAAGAGACAAAAUUUUCUAUGUGAUCUGCCUAACCUUUUUCAUUACUAAUAUGAGCAGUUUAAUCAAGCGUGGAUCUGAUAAUCACUUCUUAAUGAUGUUUUUUAUUAAGUGUAAAAUGAUAGAUUCACAGAGAAUUAAAGGACUUCUCUGUUUUGUGUUUUUUUAGCUGCCGUCUUUGAUGUUAUUUACUUGGAGCAAACAAAUGUUUUCAGCAAAUACAAGCUCUCAUAAAUCAUAAUGAAAUGGCAUUUCAUCAAGAGUUUCACACAACCCAAACUGAGCUAGAAGGAGGCAGAUUGUAGGACUUUGUUCACCAGAUGCCCAGAAAAAGAUGCCACAAAAACCACAAAGAGAUCCUCUUUGUGUUACAACACAGUAGGCUGAUACUUUGAUUUUCUUAAAAAGUGUCUAAACUUCAUGUGUGCAAAAGAAAUCUUGAACUUUAUCAUUGAAAACUCAGUAGAAAAGGUCAGGGAUGGAUGCAAAAGGGUUUCCAGGGGUCCCUUUUGAUUGGCCAUCCCAGGUGUCACUCUACAAUCCUAGCCCAUGAUUGGCUUUUGCCUCAUCGUAGAUGGGACUUAAUGCUCAUCAACAUCUUGGACAGGCACACUUCAAACAAACAUCUACUUUUUGAAUCCUGGAAGUAAUAACCCCAGAAGAUGAUCAAACUGUUGUUUUACAAAAGAAUCCAAUAUCUGUACUAAGGCCCGACCGAUAUGGAUUUUUUGGGGCCGAUACCGAUACCGAUUAUUAGGGGGGAAAAAAAAUCUGAUUACCGAUUAAUCGGCCGAUUUUAAAAAUUUUUAUGAAGGUAUAAAAAAAAAUAUAUAUAUAUACUGUAGAAACCACAGUAUACUGUAUACUGUAGAUAUACUGUAGGUUACUUCUCUUUACGCAGAGAACUUACGCAGGGAACUUUUUAAAUGGCGGAACAUUUUCGAAGUGAAACUGAAUCUUGGUCUCCGCAUUUUAUUUCUGAAAAUAUCGGCGAGUAUCUGCAAGUUUUGGCAGAUUACCAAUUUGCCUCAAAGGGGCUAAAAUUGACCAAUUUAAUCAGCUUGCCGAUAAAUCAGUCAGGUCCUAAUCUGUACAGUGCUUACAUGUCAGUAGUAAGGAAAAUAAAGAUAGAUCAAUGGAAUCGUAAAUCAAGUAUUUUGCAGAGGGAAAAAAAUCUGGGUUUUAAAUUUAGUCCAUGUCGCCCAGCCCUACAGAUCAGUUUGAAAAGGAAGAACCGCAAAAACUAUCAAGUCUGUUUAAAUUUGCAAAGCGACUAUUGUGUUGAAUUCAAGCUCAAAUGCCAUUCAAAAUAACUAAGCAAUCAUUUAAUCGGUGAUAAUCUAAAAUUUGCGUUUUUUUGUGUGUAGGUUUUGGGCUUUGAGAAUUAGCCCUUCAAAAUAAGAGUUUUCAAUUUAUUCUUUCCCAGGUCUCUUAGAAAGGACGCCACGAAAUAAUGAUGAUGAUCAGAUUUGUUUCUUUCACUUUAAAGCAUCCUUACCAACAAGAAUUAAAAUGUCAAUUUUUAGUCUUGAACUAAAGUUUAAAUGAAUUCAUUCCCCUUUAAUACAGUUUAUAGCAAAGUACACUUAAAGCAGCUGCGUAGCUGCAGUAACGGGGGUGACACAAAGUCUGGGAGCUUCAGGUGAUACCAUAGGUAAAGUAAUCAUAAUAAGAUGUUUGCUUGUCAAUUUGCCCAUCCACACAUGCAUUUUUUUUAAAUCUAGUACUGAUAUUUUUUUUCCCCUAUGUGAUCAUAAAUUUGCAGCAGGGACCAGAGGAUAGUUUUGAUGGUUUGGGGCCAUUUGUGUGAGGAGAAUCAAUUUGAACACAAUCAAAAGUUAAGAGGGAUUAAAGCAACCGUGAUGAGAUAGCACACUCCAAAUGGUUUAAAAUAGCUGCAAAGAUUACACUAAUGUAAUCCAAUUUAAAGAAGCCGCCUUUUCCCUAAUAUUUAUUAUUGAAGGGCCAUCUGUUUGAAGCCUUUGGGUCAGUCCAAUAUGCAGCUUCACACCAACAAGGCAUUUUUGUUGUCCCACAUUUCUCCCCGUCCUGUCCGUCAAAAAGUCAGAAGGAUUGCUUUUAUUUUUAGCUCAGUUAGAGUCUCCGUCCUCCAUCCUGCAAUCAGUUCUUCACUCAGUUAAAAAUGAAACUCAAGGUCAUUUAAACUUCCUAACCAGCUGGACUAAUGAACGAUUAUAAUGAGGAAGAGAGAUCUGAUGUUUAAAUUAUUGAUAUGAUGGUGUCUGUUCUUGCAUCGAUGGUCGUUUAUGGGUCAUUUAAAAACUUUGCUAUCACAAGUCUGACACAGAUUCAAGCUCAACGCCGGCUAAAGUUGCAGUAAGGAACAGAGCAGCAUCUCAUUUCAUGCACAUAUUUGUAACUUCUCUUUAAAUGCAGAUGUAGAACAGAGUAGGGGUACCAAAGUGAUCGGAGACAUUUUUACUGAUUUUUCCACUCCAUUUCUCUCCUGGUAGCUCAUAGUUGUGUGCCGAUACUAGAAUUUAUUAUGAUUUAACUGUGGGGUCAUUUAUUUAAAUUGGCCUGUGUGAAUGCUUCAAAGAUCAUGUCCUUCCUUUCUGGAUAUAUGGGUGCUCCCAAAACCACUCAGAGCUGACCAGUAUUCUGUUUGUUAAUGAGAUCCUUUCCAAGUGUUUGAGUUUUAAGGUUUUAUAGGUUUUAUUUAAUCUAAGAAUUAACAAUUAUUAACUAAAAAUAGACAGUGUCAUGUAUUUUCAUAAGCAAGGAAUGGGCUACAAAAAAGCUAAAAUAACUACUUCAUGAAUUUGUUGUUUGGCAUAUGGAGAAUUUAGUCUUUCUUAAUUUUACUAUCAGCAGAGCUGCCCCCUGUUGGCCAUUUGAAAGACUACAGCUGAGGCAGUUUAGCAAUGGCUGGGUUAGAGAGUUCAAAUAUGACGAAGUGAUGUUUUUGUCUAUAAUAAUGAUUGAAAUAAUAGUUGGAGAGUUAAUUCAACUGUAUAAUCCAAACAAAAUGAAGCUGCUCUGUUGUUUAUGUUUGCACUGUUUCAGAUGCUCUCCUGUGGAUUUUACUUGUAAACAAAAAGUAUAUAGUCGGAUGUUUGGAAAGAGUUAAUUUGACAUUUGUUUACUCAGAAAUCAUUGACCAAAUGACCAAUGACCAAAAAAAUCAUUCAUAGAAAUAGUUUUUAAUUCACCUCCUUACAAAUCAGUAACCAAUCAGCUGAUUGUCUCUCUUUACCGCAUCAACUACAAAUUAAAAAGGUGUCCCACCCUUAAUACCAGUCUGUUUUCAAGCCCUUUAGCCUCUAGACCCUGGUGUUGCUGCCUUGAAUGACUUCAGAUUAUCUGUUAAUUUUAAGGCAGCAGGUGGUCCGACCACUCAGUAUGGACAUUGAAUGUGGGUGGUGGGGUUGAGGUGUAAAGGGAGAGUAAAUCUGAGCCUCGGCUAAAUCUCCAGCUCCGGACUUGCACUCACAUGAUAGAGAGAGAGAGAGAGAGAGAGAGGGAGAGAGAGACAUGAGUGGAAGUGGAGAUUACUCUGAGAGAUAGAGUGUGGCUGGUUAAAGAGGAUCAGUUUAUCUUCACACAGGCCUACAUGACUCCCCGAGGGCUGCGAGAGGGGGACUGGCUUUAUCAUCCUUUUGAUCAUACACAGCGUAAUUAGGAUGGGAUGCCUUGUUAGACAUGCAAAUUACAAGUAUUUUUAGUGAUGAACUAGACACCUGUUUGGUUUUAUAUUUAGAUGCACGUGGUAUUAAACUUCAGCUGACUUACUUUACUUCAGCUCACAUCUAAUUAAUUCAUUUAUUGAGUCAUACAAGCUUCCCCAUGCUUUAAUGAUAUCAUACUUUCAGCUUUGGUUUAAGCCUCAAGAUCUGUAUGUUUUAUCCUAUGAAUAUGCUGCCCCCUGUAGAAAGUUCACGGUACUACAGCAGGCUUGCUUCAGAUCCUUUAAUUGUGCCCCAGCUCAGGCAUGCUUGACUUUUUCUCUGAUCAUUCUGUGCAGGUUUUGCAAGUCCGGCAUUGGCUGCUGUCUUAAUUGCUGCUGCAGCUGUGACUCUGCCAAUAUCUCUGAGCCAGGAUGCCCUGGAGGAAAGCAAAAAACAUUGUUUACUCUAAAGAGAAGAAUCCAAUUAGCAGAUAUAAAGCGUGGCUAGGCUGAAGGAUCGCCUUUGGCAGAGUGUAAUUAGGACAGAGUCUACUGAGGCUGCAUAGUAUCAUAUCUGCAUCCCUUUUAUUGGCAGCUCUUCCUGAUUUUUUCUACUCCCCUGUUGGGGAGGAUUUAGGUUGUCUUUAACCAAUAUCCAAAUCUUGAACUGUUGUUAUCUACCAGUCUGCAGCCAAACUCACACACGCCCCAGAUGGAGACAGCCAUGGAUUAGAGAAGAUUUUCCUUCAUUUAAUGAACAAUUGAAUGACAUAGUUCUGAGGAUAAACCUGCUCAAAGAAGCACAUGAAUAGUCUGGAGUGAAGAGACUAUGAGGGCAUUAUCCGACUUGAUCAUCUUGAAUCAUUCAGAAUUACAGGCCUUCACGUGAAGACGAGGUAUAUAGUCUCAUCAACCUACAACCUGAUCCUCUCUGAUUGAGUCACACCAUAUAUAGUAACCAACAUGCAAUGCCCACACAGCUCUCAUUUUCCAAGGGGAGAGAUUUCCAUGAAGACAAUCCCAAACAGCCUUUUCCUCAGUUUUGUUUCAUACGUCACUUCAUUGGUUUGCCUCUAAGCAAAAACAACAGCUUAUAGAAAUGAAAUUGUAGCUCUGACAGGAUUUGUGAGGGAAAAUUGAUCUUUUCAGACCCCUAAAGGGUGAAUUAUUCUGCUGCAUAUUGCGGUUCAAAAACAGGCGGAUGUGAUGAUAGCGAUAAGAGUGAUGGUGAUGAUGGCAGUGAAUAAAUCUUAAGCAGACAGAUCCAAAUAGAUGGCUUUGCGGAAACGGCUGGGUAUAAAGAUGUGGUUCAUGUGACGACAGGGGAAGGUUUUUGCAUUCAUGUCUCACAACACGCAUCACAGGAUUUGACAUCUUUUCAUGUAUGGAGGGGGAAAGGCUCGCUGUUUACCAUAUUCCCACAGCAGCCAUUUAUCUCUGCCAUCAGGUUCAAGAUGGGCUCAAAUGCUGCAGCCAUGCAUGACACACUGCUGGUUAUUAAAUCAUACAAAUAAAAUAGAAACGAUUUAUUCUGAUUAUUCUACAGUUUCUUAAUGAAUCAGUAACUAAAAAGGCAAUGAAGCAACAGGGUUGGGAUCAAACGGGUCAAAAGAUCUAACCUACUUUUACCAUUAGCUUUACUUUUCUAUCCUAAUAUUUUAUAUGUUUAUUUUCUUAACUAGAAAACAGUGAGUUGCUGUGUAAUAAUGACCAAUAACAACCUAAUUUGGCCGUCCCCUCAGAUCUCACCGUUCUGUUGUCUUCUCAGUUUCUGGCCAGCUAGAAAGUCGUUAGUAAGCGCUUUGUCUGAGACCUCAAACCUCCAUCCUGGGGAUACACGGUGAAAAAACAGCUUAUUGAGUGAAUUCUGCGGUUAAUCUCAGAUUUUCCAAUCUGUGAUGGUCUGUGAGACCUGUGCCCUCAAAUUUGCAGGGAAGACAGUUUUCUUACGCUCACUUCAGAUGUCAAGAUCUGACCAACAUCCAUCUCCCUUUGCUGUUUGCAGUUUGAACAGAAGCUUUGAUAACCUAGACAAAUUGCAUAGCCUCAGUCUAUAGCCAGCUAGUAGAUUUGACCAACUGAUAUUAAAGGAUGAUACUAAAAAUACAAGUAUGGCAUUUACUGAAAAAUGUAAAAAUGUUCAUUUUGUGCACAAAGGCAUGCAGAAACAAGUUAAAUUUAUCGUAAAGCUCCUGUGAGGAACUGUAUCAAGUUUGGCGCCCCCCUGUGGACAAAGUAGUCUUUACUUAUCUUGUCGUCUGCAUGCUUAAACUAUAAAUUUUGACAAAAAAAACUCAAAAGGAUCUGAAAAUCCACAGAAUAUGCUUGGAGUAAAUGUAGCCUUGAAGACGUUUCAUGUGGGCUUCCAGUUUUUUCAAACGUCUGUCCUGAAGCCUGAGGUGUGGUGUAACAGCGGUUGUCUGGAGGUGACGUUACUCGGACAAGGGUGUGCAGCCGGUGAGAGGGUGUCCUCUUCAUUAUCAAGGUUGUGUCAUAAUCUUGCAAAUUAGCUCGCUGGCAUCCAUAUUUCCGACAGAAUGAGACUGCAUCACUUUUUUAGAUUAAAACGCUGAGGGAGAUUACUUCAAUAAUGAAACAGGCGAAGUUAUACUGCAGUAGACCGUCUGUACUGUUACCGUGUAAAAUCAAACAGUUCUCCUGCAGUGGGCUGUCAAUAUCCUUAUUUUGAUCAUGAAUGUUCUUCCUUCAGCUGCGUCGCUGUAGUCUGUAAUGGACCCUCCUGAGGUCUCGCUACAAACAAGCAGCUGCUGAAAGAGAGUAGGUAAGUUGUGUGUAGUCUCUUUGUUAAAGAAAUUAGGCAAAGUUAAAAGGAUGUUUGGUAGCUAGUACUAUGGCUGGGACCCUAUAUGUACUGUUGUUGAAGUUAAGUGCUGUUCUGAGCAUUAUUUAUAGCUAAAGAGUGGUGUUUUGGUUCAGGGUUGUUUAUGGUUCCUCAGACCGCUGUGUAUUGCUAGAGUGCGGUUGUUAAUAAAGUUGGUAUAACUAGAGAAGCAAGCGGUCGGCAACAUUCAUCUGUCUUUGGGGUGUCUAACUCGGUGUUACGGUGUGUUCAACCCUAAAUCAAUUUUGCGCCUGGAAUAUCCCUUUAAGCAUCUUGAUAUUGGUCUCUAUGAGGAUCGACUCACAUUUGGAAAGCAGCCCCAACAGGCCGUUCAAAGAACUGCACUUCUUACACUCCUGUAUUGAUUUAAUUUCUUAGCACUGAGGGUACCUGCUUGAUAAAACAUGUGCUUGUUUAUUUCCUCAGUGUGAAACCUCACUCACCUUUUCGUUCCAUAAGUAGCUCAGUCACACAUGUAUCCCAUCAGACUACAUAAUGUAACAUCAGUUCUCUAUCCUGGUCUCAAUAUGUGAUUGCUCUGCAGAGUUAAUUCAUUAAUCUCAGUCAACACAAAUCCCUGCAACAUUUGGUGUGUGAGUGCAGUUUUAUUACAGGGGGAGACUCUUUAAACAUACUUUUAACAAAACUCAGAUGUGAAUUGUUCAGGAAAAGCAUCAGAAAGCUCAGAUUCUUUUUAUUUAAGAUAUUUUCUAUCCCUGUUUUUUUAAUGGUGUUCCCUCAAAUGCUCCAAAGUUCAUCUUUUGCUCAAAUGUUUGAUGUCCAUGUGCACUGAGGCUCAGCAGAGAUCGCAUAGCAUAAACAGUUGAACGUAGAGCUGAGCGAGCUGUUAAUCGUCAUUUAAAGAUGUACAUGGUGUUUGUGACGACGAUGAUGAGGAUGAUGAUGAUGAUGGCAGCCACAUCAGUGUUGACGGGUGAAGCAACCAUGUGUGCCAGAUCAUAUCUAUGUCCAGCUGAGCUCUUUUGGCUCACGUGAGGUGAGAGGAUUGCGUCCCGGAUUGUUUAGGGAUUACUCAGCCGGACUUACCAGAUCCAGAGAUUCAGAAAUUAAGGGAUAGGAACGACACAGGAGUGGGGGUCAUGUGGUCCCACGAGAAAUAAGAAAAGCAGUGAGUAUCUGCGGUAAAAGUACGAAACAUCAAAAGCGAGUGAGUCUCAACCUUUCUGCCUUUUUUCCACGUGCCUGAAAUCUCUAUCUCACACACAGACGCAUGCUUUCCUCCUCUUUGACGGUACACCCCCACGGCUCAGCCCCACCACCAGCAAUCACCUAAUUCCACCGCUACUACACGCGCUCUCACUCUGCAAAAGAAGGAAGGCGUGCCGCGCUGAACAGAUGUGGCGAUUUCAGCUGCCGGUUCAUGGAUCAUAACACUCUCUGUGUACUCUGUCUGUCCGUUUGAGCACAUGAGGAAUACCUUUUGCUGCGUCAGCCGGAGGAUUUAGAGGCAGGAAUAACCUUUUUUUUUUUUCUUUGCAUGAGUGGUUUUUUACACUAAUUUUCAAACUGGAGACCCCAGUGGAAAACGACUGCUUGGAUCGGUUGAUCAAGCUGCAGCUGUCUGGUUCGGGUGACUGGGCACCCUGUGAGUUGGACUUCUUUCUGUUUUUUUCCAUAACAUCAUAAGGCCUUUUUCUUUUUUUGUCAGAAUUGAAGCUUUUUCCAGGCAGAUGAUUUGUACUACAACAAAGUCCUUAAACCUCUCAUGAUUAAGCCUCUUAUUUUCUCAUAGUUCAUGCACCUCAGUCUCUUUGACUUCUCCACAAUCUGUUUUUGCCUUUUUUUAGAAAUAUACACAAAUAUGCUUGUUCUGUUUUUGUUUUGCUUCGCUAAAACUGAUUCCUGAUGAAGUUGUUCGAACUUAGAGAUAAAAACUUAAACUGUAAAUACUUACAAACUAAUAAUUCUCAGAUUCUUCAUGACAUUUAUCGUGUAAAAUGCAUUUUUCAUGGCUUUCCAAAAGAAUUGUGUUGAUCUGCUGUGUCCAGCUCUUGCAUUUGUAUCAUCUUGACUUAUAUAUAUCAGGUAGAGCAGAGUGGCAUAUCAUCACUGUUCACUUUUGACUUUGAAAAAUGAAAUUCACACUUUCUCUUGCAGAUAGAAAAUGUUUGAAUCAGAGUAUAAUUCAUAUGAUUUGUAUGAGUGUGUCAUUGUUAACUAAUUUGAUCUUCAUCUCACCUCCAUCAAGCUCAUAUCCUUUCAUCCUGUUCAUGAUGCUGGACAUAUUGAAGCCCAAAGGACAGUGCACACCAAAAAACACCCACUCACAUAUGUCAGGUUAUGUAGGGGGAUAUCAGAGGUGAGGUUACUGAUGAUUAGAUCAGAUCAGCUGAUUUCACGGUUAUGAAAGUCGAAAUAUGACAGAUGUUUUCUGGGUUACUGGUUUAAGCACAGUCUGUGUCCACGUCAUUCAUUUUUAUCAGGUUCGGAUUUGACCCAGACUUAAAAAAAUGGUUUAUGCUCAUGACACAGGUGGACAAAUACACUGGGAUAAAAAAGACAGAGUGAAAAAAGAUGAAUUUCUUUGUAGCUUUUUAGGCAAAUCGACCAAAUUAAGUAGAUUUAGCCCCUUGAGUAUGAAUUGUUUACUCUUCUCUCUGCUCCAUGUCUUUGUAAAACUAAAUAUCUUUUUGAAAGUUGUUCAAUGGCUUCAUAUUUGGCUUUAGGAGAUACAAAAAUUGAUGUUCAAUUAUUGGAGGUAUGAAAGAAGGGAUGAAUUCAUCCAUAAUUCAUCUCGUGGUUAACCCUUUCCCCCCUGUGUUGUGCUGUCGUUCCAGGUGACACCAACAAGGUGGAGAUCCCCAGAGGAGAGAUGGAGGUGGUGAAGGGCCAGAUGGUGGUGUUGCACGCCUGGUACAGCCCUAACUCCGACAUCUCUAAAAACACUGUGGUCUGGCACUUUACGGGGAAUGAGUCCAAGCAGGUGAGGAAAAACUGAUGAAACAAGAUCUGCAGUAAUAUUCUGCAUAUUUGACCCCGCUGUGAACUCUACUGUGUGCACAAUGAGGAGCCUGAAGAGAUUAAAGAGAAGUACUUUACGCUUGCUGAUCCUCAUACUACUACAGUGAAAGUGUUCAAUAACAGAGCUGAAACAUUGAUGGACCACUACUGAAAAGAAGUCUUGACUAGUUGAAAAACAAGCAGAUAUUUUUGUAGGUUUUCCCUGCUGGACAAAACAAGACAUUUGUACAUACCACCACCAUCAGUUCAUGGUUGACAAUAUUUCUAACAAUAUUUGCUAUUUUAAACCUUCAUUUCUAAGAAAAAAGAACACAAACCAUAUUGAAGUUACCUUCUUUCAACCGUAUGGAUCAAAAACAAUCCCAGGAAUUUUUAUUUGCUAUCGAGAUAAAUCAUUUUACAGGCAGUGGCCGCUUGACCUCUGAAUCUAUGCAAGAUUAAAUGAGCAUUUUUUUUGUAUUUCAUAACAUGUAACAUCCCUAGAAAUCCAUUUACUCACACGCAAAGUAAAAAUGAUGAACUGUAGAGAUUAUUUACAACAACACCGCUCAUGUCUAAUUCACAGCGGAAGGAAGCCAUUAAUGAUAUUUCAUCCGCCCUCUUACUGUACCUCUUACAUGUAGCAUGCAAGCGAAAGUGCAUACAGUAUACAGUGUGUGUGUGUGCAAGGUCUGUGCAUGAUUAAUAUAAUGUAAACUGCCCUGUGCCUGCAAGCUUAACUCAAACAGAGAAUGAGCCAAAUUUAACAUCCACCAUCUGUACAUGUCAGGAUUAUCUUUAUGAAGGACGAUCAUUUCUGGUAUAUGGUUAAUCUACACAUCUCAGUGCAGCUGCGACAAAUAAAAAAAAGGAAAAUACUGGGCCUUACUUUUAUAAUUUGUUGGAUUUCCUAGAGAAAAAAACAAACAAAGAUGAUCUGAUUUUGCAUCUCUGUGUAAUAUAAAGUGUUUUGCUCUCCUAGGUGAUCAACUUUAGCUCAGGUGAGGUCGGGUAUAGCCAGAAUGAGUUCACCAAAAGAGUGGGCUUCGGCGUGGCCAUGCCCUCAGCGAACAUCUCCAUCUACAUCAACAACACCCAGGAGUCGGACACCGGGCGCUACUUCUGCAGCGUCAUCGUCCCUAAAGGUCUUAGCAUUUCAGGAGAGAUGAGCCUUAAUGUCAAAGGUAAUGUUUCACAGUAUUGAAGGAAUUUUAAAGGUUAGGUCGAAUCGCAACACGGCUCACACGUUUCCCCGUAUUGAGGUCAAAACAGCCAAAAUAAAUGCUAAAGAUUAUUUGAAGGAUUUGGACAAGUCUGCUGAAAAUCAUAUGCAAGCAAGCGCUAAGCAUAAAUAAAACUCAUCUGCUGUCCAGGGAUUGAGCGAACUCUGAGGUCAUUAUGUCACCCUCAAGCAGCAGAUGGAAACGUAGGGGGCGGGGCUGGGUAGGGGGCGUCAAAACAUUUUCUUACUGCUGCCCUCAGGAAAGUCAACUUUGUUAGCAGCAGAUUAAAGCUCAAUCACUAGGUCAGGGGUCACUGAUCCUAUCUUCUUAUCCUACAUGUGUUGGCUAACACUCGACCUGUGUGUCUGGCUGUGUCUACAGUCCCUCCGUCUCCACCAGUAUGCACCAUGACUGGAAACCCAGUGGUGGAGGGCAACGUGACUCUGAGCUGUCAGUCCGCUUAUGGGAAACCAGUCCCCCAGUACAAAUGGACUAAGGCUGCACCAGUGUCUGAGGUCUUCUUCUCUCCAAUGCAGAGUGAGUAUGUAGUGAGGAUGGUGCAUUUUUAAAGGUCAGCGCACCCACAACAUCGAAAAAUAUAUUUUCUCACUUUUCAACCCGAGUAGUACCAAUGCGCAUCAAUGGUUCUGGAUUUAUUUGUUCAGGUUUUAAUGUUUAUUUCAGAAUGUCAGACGAUUUAGGUACAGCACACUGUAGAUCAGUCAAUAAAUAGUUUUAAAUCAAGUGUUUUUCACUCCGUAAGCACUGAGCAUUCCCACCUGAAAUCUUCCUGUCCAAUUAAAACAGCAGCUUAUAGAUAUUGUAUUUGUGAUGCAAAGAGCUGAAACCAAGAAAAUCGAUCAUAAAAGUAAACUGAAGCGUAGUGAUGCUGGGAAAUGAUACAGAAGUCCGAUAUUCGGUGAAUAAAGCAGCCGGAUUGUUUCUCCAGCACUGUUAUUAUUGAUAGGAUGAGCGAAGAGAAACAAGACUGAAAAGUUGGGGAGUAGAGAUCAGGGGAAGACAUGCAGCAAAAGGGCAAACCAGGGGCCACUGCAAAAAGGACUGUAACCUCUGUAGACAGUAUGUGGUGAGCUUAAAGGGAUAUUCUGGUGUAAAAUCAAUUUAGGGUCAAACAAACCAUAACACCGAGUUAGACACCCCCUCGAGAGAUGAAUGUUGCGGACUGCUUGCUUCUUUAGUUAUACCAACUUUAGUAACAACCGCAGGAUAGCAAUACACAGCAGUCUGAGGAGCCAUAAACAAACCUCAACCAAAACACCACUCUAUAUCCACAAAUAAUGCGCAGAACAGCAUCUAACUUCAUCAACAGUACAUACAGGGUCCCAGCCACAGCACUACCCACCAAACAUCUUUUUAGCUUUACCUGAUUUCUUUAGCAAAGAGACUAAACACAACUCACCUACUCUCCUCCUACGGACUACAGCGGGGUGAUGCAGCUAAAGGAAGAAUAUUUAUGAUCAUUUCUUCAUGGAAAUGCGAUCAGACCGAGAUGCUGAGGCAGAAGAACUACCGCAUCUGCAGUGCAAAGUGAUUAAUAUGAUGAUUAUUACUUCAAGGAAAUGAUAGAGUAAUGAUCAUAAAUGUUCUUCCUUGAGCUGUGUCACCUCGCUGUAGUCCGUAAUGGAGGUCUCCCUACAAACAAGCGGCUGCUGGAGGAGAAUAGGUGAGUUGUGUUUCGUCUCUUUGUUAAAGAAAUUAGGCAAAGUUAAAAAAGAUGUUUGGUGGCUAUAGAGUGGUGUUUUGGUUGAGGUUUGUUUAUGGCUCCUCAGACCGCUGUGUAUCGCUAUCCUGCGGUCUUUACUCAAGUUGGUAAAACUAGAGAAGCAAGUGGUCAAUGGCCUAAAUUAAUUUUUCACCAGAAUAUCCCUUUAAGCCACUGGGCCAACUGAUAUUAGGAGGGGCUGAGAGCUGAGCUGCUUGUUUGUUUCUCUGCUUGUUUUCAGGCAGAGGUCUGCGUCCCCUGAUUGUAUUUAUCUACUCAGGUCAUCGUUUUAAGGCUCGCUGUAGUACAUGAUGAUUUACUCCCAUGUCUCACUAAGAUUACUCAUGUUGUUACUCAUGCUGUUAGCUUUGUUUCAUAUGCCAUUACAAGUCCAAAUUCCUGCCAUACAAAGAUUCAGUGGAAUGGAGGCAUACCAUAUUUGAAAAUUAAAGGAUGAAGCGAAACAAUAAGCAUGUAACUGCUCGAGGAAAGUAUGUUUUUCCUGCUGAUAAAAGGUCCAGGAUUCAGAUUUAAAGUCCCUUAAUAUUCCAGCUGCAUGUAUGUAUGUAUGCAAGAUUUAGAGUCUGUAUCAGAGCAGCGAGGGUUUGAUUCUAAUCGGGCGCUUUGCUGCAUAUAAUCCCCUCUUUCUCUCCCCAACCUUUCACAGUCAUCAUCCAAUAAAAGUAAACAUCCCUAAAAUAAUACCUUAACAUUUUUACAUUUAAAUCAGGUGGUUUUCGAGGCAAAAAGAGGUCAAAGCGACAUCCCCUCUAAUCAAACCGCCAUCGUUUUUACCCUCUUUGCGUGGAUAUGUAUCUAACAGAGGAGAAUAGAUGGAAAAAUCAACUCCCAGCCUGUUCAUGUGCAGCUCUAGAUGUCAUGAACUGUCUACCUUACAUGCAGAUGAAGUUGAUUUCCUCUCGUCAGGUCAUCCCGUAAUCAGAUGAGGCCUGUGGGCUUUACUCUGCUGAUAAGUGUUCCUGAUGCACCUCGGAUGGAGAUCCUCGAUCAUACCAAAACACGCGGCGUGAAAUCCUCUUUGCAGAUUGAGAGAAACUACGCAGCUCUCCUCCCAGAGCGCUGCCCAUGUAGAAAGAGAAAAAGAUGCAUGUACGCGUUUAUUGAUGUAUUAUUUUGAAGAUGUUUGUAUCCAGAUGAGUCUGCACAGUAAACACCAUCUGUUUCUGAAAACAGAACUCAGGCUGAUUGAUUGGGUAUUGGCUUAUCUGCUCUGAUCUUUUGCCCUCAUCUCUUUAAAGUCCACAGACUAUCAAAAUCAAAUGUACUCGCUCUGAUCCUGGGUUUUGUGCUGCUGCACGGGCACUCACACCUACAAUUGUUUGCAUAUCUGUGCCACCUUACAUGUUAUCGACACUUAAAAUGAAACCCCUUGCUCAUCUUUUAUCUGCUUUGACUCUUUGAUCUUUACUCUGCUAUCACUGCUUAUCUCUUUCAGCAAUCUCUCCCUCUCCGCGUUUUCUCUCUCCGCUGAUCCUCUCGCGGCACUCCUCAUUUCCUGUUGACCUUGGUGCCUAAUCUAACAAGCCCCAUGUCAUUACUUGAUCAACCCCUCUAAGAGGCAUAAGUUGGAUUUGGGACUGAGAGUGCGGCACGCUCAUCCAACCCCCCUCCAAAUCUGUCCGCACCUCUCCAUCCCUAAUUCAUUCUCACUCUCUUUCUUUCUCUCUCUCUCUGCCAUCUUUCCUUGAAUUUUAAAAAAACAAAAACAGAAUGGAGAACUUGCCCCCAGCCCAUGCUUAUCCUUGGGUACAUGGGUAAGGGUUUUCACUCAUACAUUUCCCAUUCAUUUACCUGUGACCCUUGAACUCUGUACCACCCUCACCUGUAAACUGUGACAUCCAAAGGAGUCAUGGUGACUCCUUCGGAUCACAACUUUAAAAGAAGAGUUUUAAAGGGAAAAAUCAACCCAGUUUAAUGAUAAUUGGAUGAGUUUCAGGAGUCGUUAAAUCAAAAAGAAAAAUUAACUUUGUAGGAUUGUCAAAGCAAAUUUUUGUUUAUUAAAUCAGUUGGAAUUAAACUCGAUGAAUAGCAGGAGUGUGUCACAAAAGAAGGGUUGAUUUUUUUCCUUUUACUCUUUCUUAGUUUUUAUUUUUGUUGAUUUGUUUCAUUCAAAUAUAAACAGAAUUCCUCUAGUACAUGUGUCCUGUAGUUAGAAAUCCAGUAAUCCGCCAUCCCAAUCCUUCACAACUGGUUUAUCUGAAAUUUCUGACCAUCUUUUUGUAGUUAAGGUUUUAAGCUUACCCAGUAUUCAGUGUUCCUGGUAGAAACUAGAUGACAGAAAUUGAGAAUUCGAAGGAUAAAAGAAAAUUAAGCUCAAAUAGUAGAUCUCUUGCUGAGCAUUUAUUAGCUUAGGUGCUAGCUAAGUAACCAAUCUUACCUUAAAGAUUCCCAAGUCGUCUGUGUCUAAUGUUUUUAACCUGCUGAGUAGCUCAAGCGCUCAGUGCUUGUGUAUCAUGUGUUUGACAAAAGCAGGCUAACUAUUUAAAGCUCCAGUUGGGAGUUUUUUUAUGUUUAUGAAAUCCUCAAAUUCAAAGUGAUGCUAUUUUAUGAUAUACAAAAGGCAAACAAGACCACCCGUGACAAGAUUUACAACUUUUAGACUGUAAUUUUUAAUGCUUGAAAUGUCCAUCAGUGGAGCUGCUGCUUUUACAGUUUUUCAUUGAGUGUUCAAAAAAAUUACAAAUUUGACUGUCAGGUCAGCAAUCUUGACACUUUUGUCAGGAGACAUUUUAUAAGUAUGUAAAGAGCAAGACAAGUGACGACCGUUUAUCCACAGGAGGUGACGCAAACAAAAAAAUUCCCAUAGGACCUUUAAUUUUGCUUUACAUUCAUUCAAACCUUAAAAACAACAACUUUUGCGUUAGCUCAGGGGUCAGAAAUUAAUUUUUACAUGGGGCCACAUGAGAAACCUGAGCUGUAUUGGAGGGCCGAACCAACAAUAACUUCAACUUCAAAUCAGGGGGGUUCACACAGACAGAAAAGCAAGCCCAAAUAAGCAACUACUAGUUAAAAACAAGCCAAAAAAACCUGCAACUCAUGAGUUUUACAAGUGACUUCUAAGAGAAACAAGCUAAAAGUCUUUUAUAAUAAGCGGACUUCACAACUCUAAGGUGUCUAUGUAUAUUCUGCUUGUCUCUGUUCACAAAUGCAGAUCUAGGAUGUACAUACAUGCGUCCAAACGGAAAUAAAACAACAGCUAGGUUUUCAAAAUAAAAGCAACAUACUUUUAUAGCAUGUUGAUGAUUUGAUAGACGGACCUCACGAAGGGCUGGACAGGGACAUCCAAAGGGCCGGAUGUGGCCCUUGGGCUCUCAAAUCCCCAGGACUGCUCUAGCUGUAGCUUCUUUUUGUCAAUGGGCCUAGUCUACAGAUCUCCAGUUACUGAUCUCAUCUAAAUCUCAGCAAGAACGUGUAUCAACAUAUUUUCCUUUUAAAAAAUAUGCUGAUAUGAUUAUUUUGUUAAAGCUGCUUUUGUUUGCUACCCCAUUUCUUGUUUUUCAGACCACUCGUCUGACAAAACAAGUACUUGAGUCAUCCUCUGUAUAAUCUUCAAUAGCCGAGCUACGACUGUGAACAGAAAUUAAAUACAUGAAAACAUCAGUGAAUAAAGAGACAUGUAUUUUUUGAAGUAUGGUUAGUCUGUGAGUCUGUGUGUCUGUUAGAUUCUGGCUUUAGCUUGGAUUUAGUUUGUAGUCUUCACCUCUUAGUCCUGCAAGAUGAAAGUUAUGGCAAGAGAAAAUCCUAAAAUUCUUUCUGAUGUUAAAGUUGCUCCUUGACACGUUGAAGGGUGUGGGUUUGUUUUACACUGCCUGUGAGAAUAAAUCCUCUGCAGCCUUGGCAACGUCAUGCGAGGAAAGAAACUAUACAAUGAGAUUCGUAUGGAAAAGCUGCUGAUUUACAUUAAUCACGUGUCAUGUGUCGAGGCUUUGACAAAUGCUGCUCAUUGACCUUGCUUUGACGGCAGUGUGAUAUGAGUAAUGCUCCUGUCUUAGCGGUCUACUCUAACGUCAGAUCCCCUCCUGCUCUGCCACUGCUGGGAUCUGAUCGCUGUGCCGGCUUGAACUCGCUCCAAGCUCAGAGUCAGCUGACGUUCUGCUAAUCUGUCACAAUUGGGUUUGGUUCUUCACAGCUGUUUUUCAAGCCCGGGGGAUUAAAUAAUCAGAGAGGGGGGCAGGUGCAUAUCACACUCAUCUGCUACUUUUGUAUUUGGCACCGACCUUUGUUUUCACUUUAAUACUCUGGUUGAAAGGUUAGCAUACAGAGAUGGGAUCUGUUAUUGAGCUGGUUAUUUUUUAACCUUUAAAUUUAACUUUCUAGCUUUGAUGGAUGUUCACUGUGCGACCACACAGACUGGAAUAUUAAGACUGACUUUUACAGGUAGUGCUUAUCAACAGCAACAAACUAUUUCUGACUUGUCUUCAUCGCCUAAAUCUAAACCUGGUUGAAGACUUGCUUUUUUGUGGGUUGCACCUACUUAUAUGAACAGCACGCUUGAUUCAGUAGCAGAUGGUGCAGAAAAAAAUCAGUCCAACCAACAGCCACCCAAACUUUGGGAUGAAGACAGCUGUUUUGAGACAAUAAUUGUUAGGGAUUUUCUUGUCCCUUGCGGCAAUAUGUUGCUUGCUGGCAUAAUGUGAACCCUGCCUCUUCAUCUGGGAUGAUUUGGAUGAGUCCCAGGGUUGCAUUACUUUCCUCUCUGCAGGGAUUGACUCCGUACACCGAGUGUGACAGGCAUGCAUGAACACUUACAAGACACCCAGCGGUCCAAACAGCAGUUUUAAAGAGGGUGUUUCCACGCAGCGGAUGCACACACCCGCUCUGUUUUCCUCACCUCCCCACGAAAGCAGAAACGCAUCAGCUGAAGACAUGCAGCAAUGUGAUGUCUAAGAUUGGAUUUCAGAGGAUUUGUUGUGUUAAGUCCUCAUAAAGCUUGUUUAUUUUUUGUGCAGCCUAUGUUCCCAACAACUCAGCAUUUUUUUAGCCGGAUGGGCCAGGAGUUGGAGAUUGGAGGGAAAUUCCCAGUAUUGGAGACACAGAGAAAGAUUCCCACUCACAUGACCUUGGCACUGGAGCAUUUGCAAACUAAAAUUGCUGACCAAUACUAUGAUGGAGCAAGACUGCAGAAUCAUCAGCAGCUGAAACACUCCAAUGACAAACCCAAUACUCUGUGGUCAUUGGAUAAAUCCCAGGAGUAGAUUAAUUCUGGAUUACGGGUCGGAGUCAGUGACAAAUGAUUCAAGAAUAUCAUGAAUGGUGCACAUAAUUGGAAUUGUGAUUCUUUCCAGCUGUAGAGGGGCUUGUCUUCAAUAUAAAAAAAUGCACAAUUAAUUCAGCCAACCAAAAUUGAAUAAAAAAAACAUUAACAGUUAAAAUCUAAAUUAUAACCCCCACAAAUAGCAUCCAUGGAUUUACAAAAUCCCUCAGCUGUGAGCAAAAACAACUGCACCGCUGAUCGGAGUUAGAUACAGUUAAGCAGAUUCCUCUAACCGGAGUAUGAAAACAGUAAUACAGAACUCCUGCCAGCUAGCAGCUGCCUGCCAGCUGUAGCUAACAUUAUCCCAAAGUACAUAACACAUAUCAAAUGUGGUUGAAUUUUUAGAUCACUUAGAAUAAAAGUGGAGCUUAUUCAGGUAGAUCCUCUGCUUGAAUUUGGAGUAUUUGGUCUCUCCCGCCACAAAAACACUCAAGGUCACAGUUAUUGUGUAUUUUACUGCAUUAAAAUAAUACAUAAAGUCAUUCUGUGUGUUGCCAGAACAUGAAUUUACUUUUUCAGUGUAAUACCAGGAUAAUACAAGACUGUAUUUAUUAACUUUUAGUUCUAUUGAUAUUUUUAAUACAAAAUAUCAGGUGUAAGGAGCACUCAGGGGAAACUUAACCUUUUUGGAAAGACCCUGAUUGCUCUUCUCUAAGGAAGUCACUUUAAUAGUUGCAUAAAAAUGAUUUUGCAAAGAUAUCGUCCCUUGAAAAAAGCCUGUCACAAGCAUGUGUAGCAGUCAAUCAGUGAAGUUUUUCUCCAGCUGAAUUAGAGAGCAGAUUAGUUGAUGGGUGAUAUACUUUGCAGAUACAACUUCGUUGCUCUGUUAUCUUCUUUCCUUGUGAUAUUUAUCCAACCUGGUAUCCCAUGCAUAUUUCAAAAACUGCAAUUCCCUGAAUGCCCACUUGAGGUCUACCUACAGGAGCACCAAAACCAUGUUCACACUGAGCCGAAAUAAUGUGAUUUUAGAAAGAGAAUAAACAUGUUUACAGCCUGGUUCAAAAAACUGUUCGGGUCUGAAUUUACAACAUUAAAAAAAUCACAUUAUUCUGUAUUUAAUUUAACAAUCUGCGUGUUUUAAAUAUGCCUAAACGGAUCAAAGUGUCUUGACUCUGGGAAAGCAGUAACUUCUCAUGUCAGAGAUUAAGAUUGUUGUUGCCAAGUGGAUAUUAUGAUUGGGAAAUUCUCCAUAGAGUUCAUUCUUGCAGCGUUACAGUAGAGUUGUGUUUGCUUCUGUAAUAUCUUAGUGGUGCCCUUAUGCUUUAUGGUAGUAUUUUAAUUCAGUGUGGACCUCUCUAGUUUUCUAAUGGUACCAAACCCACAUUGUGAACCCACAUAAUUGUGUAGUGUGUGUGUUUGACCAUGUGGUUGUGUUUUCAGACGAGAGACACGGCACCCUGAGGCUCAGCAACCUCACUAAAAGCAUGUCAGGGAAGUACAUCUGCAGAGCCAGCAACACGGCCGGCUCCGACAGCUGCUCCAUUAACCUGGAGGUCAUCACCUGUACGUGCACGGUACAAUCUACACUGCUCGCACACGUCAGCACGUUCGGCAAAUACGCAGCUGUCCUUGGGUGUAAAAGCUGAUCUGUGAUCUGUUUCCUAGCUACUAAUGCAGGUGUGGUUGCAGCAGCUACACUGGGGUCGAUAGUGGGGCUGGUGGCCAUGGCGCUGUUCCUCAUCUUCAUACUGAGGAGGAGGCGGGACACCGAGGAGGAGAUAGCCAAUGAGAUCAAGUAAGAGUGAAAAUGUUAUCAGAGUCUUAUGCGAUUUUAGGCGGGGUUUAUUUUAGGUGACUUCUUUUCGUUGGUCAUGAAUUCUCCCUCGCUCUUUCUCAGGGAGGAUGCCCAGGCACCAAAGCGGGUUUCAUGGGCAAAGAGCAACACCGGCUCUGACAUCGUAUCCAAGAACGGCACCCUGUCCUCCAUAGCAACAAGUCCAAGACCACGAGACCCACAUGCACCAAACUUUCACUACCCAUACUCCCCCAUAUCUGCCUCAGACGCAAGCUCAGUUAUCAACGCUUACCAGCUACGGCCCGGAGAAGGAAACAUGCUGCAGGGACUUCCUGGUUACAACCAAGGGGGGGCCUCAGUGCAGAAACAAAAGCGGCCGUCCGCCACAAACGGCGCCCCUCCUCAGCUUCUGAGGACCCCUGCUGUUGCCACCCCUAACAGGACUGAAGGGGCUCAGCCUCAGGUGCCACCUCCACUCACUGUGUCCCCGCCGGUCCGCGCCGCUACCCUGACACGCAUGGGUGCCGUGGCUGUGAUGGUUCCUGCUCAGAGUCAAGCCGGCUCGCUGGUGUAGCCGGCGGGAGAAAUCAGGACAGUAUGUGUGCAGCGCACCUUGAAAUGAAAAACGUACUUUUCUCCAUGAAGACCCGGGAGGGUGUCAGGAUGAAAAUAUCCCAUAGGUUGGUUUGUGCGCUCUCUGCACAAACUCUCCCCUCUUUAUUUUGAGUUUCUUUUUUUAUGCUGGCUCACGAAAGAGAAAUAUAUUUUUAUUUACACACCUGUACAGAGGUCUUAAAUCUAAAUUGUGUUUUAGAGAAUAUUCAUAAAAAUGCCAAUUAUUUUUCAGAGUUGUGAUAAUUUCAUGCAGUGUGUCCGCACUGAUCUAUAGAAGCUGGUUAGAGUUUUACAGUUCAUGCAAAGAGAGCUUUUGGCUACAUUUGUAUAUUAUAUGAACGAGCUACAUGCAAACAAAACUUUUAUACUUUCUUUGUAUUUGGCCGUUCUUGGCUGUGUUUAAGGAUCACUUACUUUCAGUCACUUCUCUCAGGCUAACUGCACUAGUUCAAACUGACCCAGCAACGUCACGAUUCAGGUAUUUAUCUCUCAAAUGUCUCACUUUUCUUUACCCAACCGUUACUUCUGUUAACUUUUUUUAAUGUGACCUACUGUGUUGCUGUCAGUAUGGUUUUCAGGACGUAGACGUCUACAGACAGAACAUGCUUUAAAAAAAUAAGAGUAUUUUGCCUGUUAUGAUAGAAGGAAUGUAAAAAAAAAUACAAAAUAGUAAUUACAAAAUGUGUUGAGGUCGAUGGUUUCUGACCAUUUUGUUCAAAAGUGCUUGAUAUCACUGGAUAUAGUUACUGUGAACAAACAACACCACCAGCUCAGGGAGGAGCCAGCUGAUGGUGUUGUUCGUUAUGAAGUGAGUAAAUUAAACUCUGCAGGAUGAUGCAGGAGGAUGUUGAUGAUGUAUUGCUAAAUGUAGCACAACGCCGUUCUGAUUGUUGACAUUUUUUCAAUAAAGUGUUCUGGAGUGUUUGA